CAGAGGAGGAAGAUUAGGAACUGAUGGGUUCUCAAUCAGUAUGCAUGGAGGAGGACUUCUUCAGUGUGAAUUCUUGUUUACACUUCCUCAACAGUGUGAGGAUUUUAAAUGAUGCUUUUCAAGGAGAGUUGAAGACAGCUGCUGAAACGAAUGCUCAGCCUAAAGGUCAAGAGAUGUGAUCACUCACAGAGGCCUAUCACCGUAUUAAUCAAUCAGACCUCAUAGGAGCCAGAGAACCAAUUUUUGUGGUUAAGAGCUUGGCUGAAUGUAGGUAAUCAUCCCACGAUUUAAUACGUGUAUGAGCUCUGUCAUCUCUGCUGGAAGAAUUCUUUUAAUAACCAUCCAAAGAACCGACAGCUGCCUCUCAGACGCUGAUAAACUGGAAAAAUGCGCUUUUCUCUACCUCAACAAUAACCAAAGUUAGACUUUUUAAAAGUCCAUUAAGACAUCCUGAGAUGCACCGUGUGCACAUGUUCCCAAAUUUCCCAAAGAAUGAGCUGCCGCUCUCUGCAGACAGCUAUAAUUUGCGACAGGGAGGUAUCCAAGUCAGAAUUUGGCAGAUGAGUCUUUUGAAGUAAUUCAGAGUAAAUUUUCUUGCUGACCCACUGACUGCAGAUGAUAAGAAGGUACAACCAAGUCCUUUGAUAAGACUCCCUGUUGGGAAAUUAAUUUUCAGCCGGAGACAUCUGGUCCCUCACAGAUUGGCGAUGUAAUGAAGGUUAAAAAGGAGUUUUCAUGGCGAGCGCGGAAAUUGGAUCCUUUCAAAUGCGUUUUCAAAGAUCAGACGGCAGGCAGACUGUUGCUGCUUAUAAUGUCAGAGUGUUUUUGAACCGAUGCCGUACAGGGAGCUGCUGCUCUGUGCAACAGCUUGACCCUACGGCAAAAAAAGAGGAAAUUAGACUUCUUGUUAUGAAUCGGCUCAGAGAGCGGCAAAGAGGAGGGGGAAUGAUUGGUUCUUCUUUUAUUUUACACGAUAUAAGGAAUGAUAGUUUAGUCUGUGCUUGUUUCAGAUCAGAACAGUAACUUAUCUGCUCUAACAAACACAAUGAUAAUCUGUAAUAGUAUUUAACGCCAAACAUAAUGUCUUAUCAUGUCCAGAGCACAGACACAGUGUGGAAUGACUUGCACGGAGGGGACGCUCAGGUGGAGAUAUAAGACAGCUGACAUGACAGAUUCACUAUGAGCCCUGAAACGUCUGCGUGAUUUCAUCAGGCUGCAGGACUUCUUCACCAGAGAGGAAACGACGGCAACAGAGGGCUCAGACAAACCACGGCUGACAGGAUUUCAGGAUGAAGAGAUUGGAUGGAGAUGCUGUGCACUUUUCAGCUUUUUCAAUGUGUCGUUUAGGGGUUUGAGUCGGUAAAUUAAAUUUGAAUAUUUACACGAAAAGUGCUCCUCUUAUGUUGGACAUCCUGAAAUUAAGCAGCGAGAUUAAGAGUUUAAUUUCAGACCGUGUGCAGUUUUUAUACUAAAGAUAGUGAGUUUUAUCUUGAGUAAAAACUCAUCUCACCACAAAUUUAUGAGCACUAUUCACAUCAUAGUUUCAUACUUUAACUCCACCUUGUGAUGUGUUCCUGCUUUAGUCCCCGAGGCUUUCAUUCAGCACCACCCUGAGACUUUCCUCCACAUCUAGAGCAGCAGAUCAGUUGCCAGCUGAUGACACCUUUUUCUCGGGCGCUACUAAGAGACAUGUCCCCGUCCUCACAGGGAGCUUGUCAUGCGUCAUGUCACGAGGAAGCCCUGAGAAUGAUCCCUACAGACAGCUCUGGUUGACUGUCAGAGGGGCCGGGUGUAGACAUCCAGCAUGCUGCUGUGCAUAAGAGCUAAUGAAGAGGCAAGUCUUCUUUAUCAGACUUUUUAAUACUGAAAAUAUGGUUUUAAAAGGAAAUCGCAGCAUUUCUUGGUUCCUUAAGAGCUGAAUUAUACAAAGUCUGGUGUCACAUUCAGUGGGUCUUCAUCAUCUUGUGAUAGUGUUGUGUCGUUCAUGAAUGAUUCGUUCAAAAGAACAACCGCUGAGUGAACAACGUGAAUGGAAUCACACCAAGACUUGAUUCGUUCCUUUCUCAGUUCAGUUGAGCACAGCAGCGAGCAUGGCAUGCCGGUCAGGAGUGGAACUGCCACCUUUGACUCCUUGGCGAACGACACAAAGCCAGCCAGCCAGCGAGUAGUCUCGUGAUUUGCUUGCAGUGAAUGGACGACAUGUAUCAGUCAGACUGUGAACGAAACGAACGACUCCUGAACAACUUGAGGCAGGCAGAGGAGGGAGAGGCGUAGCUGCGUUCACGAACUGACAAGCACCGGUUCGUUCACUGUGAGUCUCUCCACUUUUUCGAGAUGUAAAAGAAUGACAACUCGCGCUUGUGUAGUGGAUGUGCCACUUUCUGCUGUGUUGCAUCACGAUGCAUCACGAUGCAAACGUUGGCAGCACAUAGAGAGGUGAGUUUUUCAAGGCAGGGGAAUGAUUCUUCCUUCACGAAUCAGCAAAUGAAAUGUGUCACCCAGUGAAUGACGCUGUGACUUCUUUUGGAUCUUUUGAACAAAUCAUUUUAUUGAACGGAUUCUAAAGAUUCAGUACAGUCCAAAGAACUGUUCUUCCCAUCACUAUCUUGUAAAGAAUCUGUUACUAAAAUGAAGCUUAACAAAAAGAAAGAGUGUUAUUUUUCCACAUCAACUCCUGCACCUACAGGUUUGAACCACAGCUAUAAGAACACAAUGAGUCCUGUUCAUAGACACACAAGUUGACCCACUGUCUAACACACAGUCACACAGCUCAUCCCACCCCCACUCAUCAUAUCUGUGUUCCCCUGUCACCUCCCUCAGGGAUCAAACGAAGUGUGUCGGUUUAAUCAGUCCUCUCGGUGUGCAGCCCCAUUAAUGUGAUCAUAUUUCAUUAGCAGGGCGAAGACCACCAGAGGAGUCCGUACAUUCCCGGGGUCCUGCGCUCCAGAUGUAAUUGUAACUUUCACUGACCUGAGAUCAGACUCUAACCCCCGUGACAGCUCAGGGACCAACCUGACCUGACUCGCUGACAGAAUUGUGAGGAGGAGAAACCGAGCCAGACAGAGCUCGUUUUUGAGGACGCAGCAGGGAAGUCAAGCAGAAUUAAUAACAAGGUAUAUCAAAUAAUUCCAGACCAUCAACCCCGACUAAAUCAGGCCAACGGCAAGUAGGCACAGAGAAAGAAAGGAUCAAGUGCUGUGAAACAACAGGAACUAGUCAGCAGAUUAAUUCAUGUAUAUUUUAUGAUAUUUAACAAUAAUAGCAUUAAUAUAAAAACUAAAACACUAGGCAGGACAUAACCGACUCAUAUCUUAUUGCACUUUCCACUCACGCUGUGUGGUUUGUCUGUUGCAUAGUAAAAUGUUUAUUAGGACGCGGCAUAAUGAGCUUUUCAUAUCUUAGCGUACCUUUGGUCCCCGGUGGAUGAGGGGGCUCAUCACAGACAAAUUAGAUCUUCAGAGUGCUGCUGUCUGCACCUGCAGGAACAAUAACAGCAGAUGAAUAAGGCCAGUAUCUGAAGCAGAAAAUGAAAUGAAAGCAUCCAUAAAUCUGGCACUAAAAGUCUUGUGCACACCAUCAUUAAAAGUACAAAAGCAGGCGUGCUGUCACUCAAACAUACUGAAAAAAAAAAACACAUUCAUGUGUGAAACAAAGCAGCAAGAGAUGUUAUUGCAUAUUUUUUUGGUCCAGAGAAAAGAUAAAUGACUGCACAGAGAGUCAUGAGCCCCUUCACGAUUCUGAAUGAACAUUAGAGGUCACUGAUGGGUAACACCUCUGUGGAAAAAACAGAAACUAAUCAAAGAUCAGCUUGACUUUAGAGCCGCUUUGAUGACCCAGAAUAGAUUUUUCAUUUUUGCCUCUUUUCGAAAAACCACAAACUGUACUUUUACCAUGAUUAUUUUAGGGACACUUUUCAUCUUCUAUCGAGCUCCAUAGAACAUUUUAAAAAAACAACAUAAACACAUAUUACGUGGAUAUUUCGGGGACAUAUCACUCCUUCUCCUUCAAAAUAAAAGACUGUUGAUAUUGUCAUCAAUGAAGCUUUGUUUAUCAUGCUUUCAAUCACACACAUCCAUGUUUAUAUCAGUGAUCUAUUGAUUUUUAAGUGACUUAAUGAAAUUAGUAAUAACCUCCAAUAUUUCAUCACACACUGUCUGUAUCAAUAGCAACAGCUGGACCCCUCUGACAGGCACCAGGAGCAAAUUCCAACAAAUUAAAAAAUGCCUGCUCUCAUUAUUAACUCCUGCCACAUGUCGCGCAAUAAUUACAAAUAAAAUAAAUGACCCUGGUAUUUCAACGGGAAAAUCUACUGCCAACAUGAAUUAAUCCAAACUGGGUUUUCUGCAGAGCAUGCAUAAAACCCAUAUUUAUAUAGUCCUUGGAGAAAUGAAUGGAAGCUUUGAUUAACAGAUUUUAAACAGGAUGCUUUAACAGAUGCACAUCACAGCCCUGACAAACAUUUGGUUAAUGUUUCCUCUAAACUCACUCUGUUUAUGCAGAUCAGAAACUGAUUUAAGUCGCUUUCAUGAGCUCUUCUAGUAGUUGUUGAACCAUUUAUUUCUUCCUGGGAACAAAUGAUUCAGAGUUUACAGCUGCAGACAGAGCAGAUUUCACAAAAUAAAGUAGAUGGUUUGGAAUUAAGGAUCUCUGAUAUUACUACAUGCAAGCAAAUAAAAAAUCCUUAGUUUGGAUUUGUCUUGAUUAAUAAUAAUAUCAAAUGAUUGUCAACACAGGAUCCUGCAUGUCAGCCUCUAUACUCCAAUCUACAAAGCUAACAAAGUAAAGCAGCAGCCACUCAAAGGUAGAGGAGUUGCAUGAAUAAAUCACUGCAUCCAUUGUUUCACUUAACAGCCUGUCAACAUGGUGGAAGAUUUGAACUUCCACAGAGUAACAAUGUACAUACAGACAAGUUUUGCCCAUAAUUGGUGUUAUCUCUCAGAUGUAAGAGCUGCAAAGCUUUGUAUUUGGUCACUUAAGUAAGUUCUGCACUAAUACUACUUACUGUAUAUUAGCUUUCACCAUUUUUACUGAUUACAGUUAAUCUUAUAGUUUGGCUUGAGUGUGCAGGGACAUCCACAAAUUGCAAUAUUGACAAAAGACACUGCAGAAGAAUCUAACCGUCCUCCUGUGUCCACUGACCCGUUUUUGAUUUUAAAUGCUUAAAAGAACCUUAAAUUAGCUUUUUUGCGUCAAGACUUUUUGACUUUGUCUGGAACCUCUGUUUCAACAAAAUAAAAAUAACAACAUUGAAUUGACUAAAUUAUAACAUGCUCUUAUUAAAAUUAUGGCACUUGUUGUGUUAGGGUUACUGUUGACCCGGUUAGAUCAAUAUCUAAUAAUAAGAGCAAAAACUGAAAUCAUAAGUGCACUGUCAGGCACCACAAUUACAGUCAGAUCCUCUUCCAAUCAUGUGAGAUUUAGGAAAUUCUCAUUUUGCCUGUUUUUCCCUGCACAAAAAAACAAUGUUGAGCAUGUCCAGACAUGUGAGAUCAAUUCAGUCUAGAUGUAUGUAUGAGGGGUAUACUGACAGAGGCCCACUACAAAAACUAUUAUAAGCAAAAUUAUCAUGGAGAAUGAAGCCAAAUAAAUUAACCUAGAGAUAGGAACCAAAUUGGAUGAUAGAGAAUUGUUUUUAGUGUAAUUUACAGCUGAUUUAAGACACAGGUCAAAACCGACCCUUAACAUGGUGGGUGCAUAGUAAAAGCUAACACAGGAGGAAGGUGAAUGUCUCCAUCUUCAAAAUCAUUGCACAUGAAUGCUGCCAGACCUUAGUGAAUGAUACUGUCAAAUAAAAUACUUCUUGAUUUCUCUAAACUGUUUUAAAUCUCCGCCGUGGCAUGAGCAUUAAAGUUUAGAGAAUUUUGAGAGCAUUUGGGUCUCUAAUCUGGGAAACUGACAGCUUUUAGAAAAAUAAUAGCAUCACUGAUCCUUCAGACACUGUGUUGAAGAGGGCAGCUGAACAGACGGCCUUUCAUAGUUCACUGAUCUCCAAAGGGCUCAGGAAGCACAGCGUUUGCUCGUGACCUUCAGAAGCCUACAAUGCUUUUUAAAUAACCUCUGAUGAUAAAUAUUCAGCAGCAAAGAUAUCACUGCCACCAAAACCCAAAACUAGAAGGGUUCUGUGGGAAUAGCAGAGGAAUUAGCCUACUCUGUUGGUGAGGAUAAAAAAGCAAAUGCAUCUUUAAUGUCAUAAGGGGAGAAAGACAACCCACCUGUCAGUGCAGGUAGUUUUCCUCAAAUGGUUUUCAGGUGGAUGGCUGAAAGUAAACACUAACUUGUUAACAACAAUCCUUAAAGUUGCAAGUUUUUUACAGGUGUCUUUUAAGAUUUUUUUUAUAUAUAUAUAUUUAAUCUCCAAAUGAAACUUCAUGACAGCAGUAUCUACAUGUCUGGAGCUUCAGAAAAGAGAUCUUCAGUGGCCUAAAACGACUCCAAAAAGAGAGAGACACUUACUCCAUGUUGCUGCCACAAUGUCAGUUUGUAGGUGCAUGUAGUUGCGCGUAAUGACGGGAAGAGGCGCUGUAGAGUUGAUGUGAGUGGUGUCAGGGAGCAAUGUGGCCACACGACGUGCCAAGGCGUGAAAAUACUCAGUCAUGUCUUGGAUUGUCUGCUCCACGGCUUGCACUGCUGGAUACUUUGCCAAGUCCUGACCACUCCGUGCGCUGACCCUCAGCUCGGUGCGCAGAGAGAACACCUACCCACCAGCACAUAUCUGCUUCCAGACCUAAUUUGUGUUCCUUUUUUUUUUUUUUUCUUUUUUUCCCCGGUAUAUUCAUGAGCAGCGUCGCAGCAGAACAGGGACAGAGACCGGGGGACAGGAGCGGGGAGCAGCCGGGGAGGUAAGCGCUCCGUCGGUGCAGGUGGAAGCAGCCGCCACGCUGACUGUAAUGUCUGCUUGUUUUUGCUUUGUUUAGGGAAGGUCAUGUCAGGGCAAUAGCUUUACACUACCUGUCCCAUGUUGAAUGAAUGUGAGAUGGAUCAUCAGCUGUGCACAAACGCUCCUGCAAAAGAGAAAUGGUUUAACUUACAACUAAGCAAUGUUGACGAGUAUUUUCACGCCAACUUUCCCACUUUCCUUAACUAUAAUAGAGAAGGCUUAAAUCAGAGCUGGUAGCCUACUAGACAUGGUUUAUUCUCUACUACAUAUUCAGUACAGUUAAUUAUCAGCUUAGAUACCAAAUAACACAGGUGUCAGCCCUCUCAGGUCAUGGCACUGAUUUCUGUGUAAGAGUCUGUUCCAGUGUUUAAAUGGAAAUCCAGCUGCCUGCUUGACUGCAUGUGUCUCUCAUCCUAAAUUGAAGCACCCUGAUGUUGUUAUUGCAUUAACUGGCUGGCUAUGUUAGGCAGGAGCAGGACACACUUCUCCACUCAUGAUGUUUGAAUACUUAGGGGGGUUUGUCAUGAAUCAAGGCAAGGAUUAAGGGCUUUAGUCCUGGUUCUCCCUAAACAGACAGGCUGCUCUGUGAUCAAUGGUGUAACACAAUGCAUUUGCCUCAGAGCUGGGACGUUUGGCAGGGGUCUUCUCGGCUCAUCUGCUGUGUUAUGGAGAAAUGUCUUUGCAUAAACACUGUAGGUGGAUGAUUACACAGCAGCAGCAUCAGCAGAAUUAUUGAGAUCCAGAGAUUCUGCUGAAGAAAUGUGAGAUUUGCUUCUAGCUGGUUGCUGUGUUCAACUUUUAAAUACACUGCCUUUUAUUAAGGCUUUCGAAGACAAAGCUGAUUGUGGUCAUCUUAAACCUUUAAGAAAGUUAUUUGCCACAAAAGGUGUUUUUUCUUUAUCCUUUUUUUGGAUCCAGAGCAUCCAAAGCAGUACCUUAAAGGGAUAUUCCGGCCUAAAAGUAAUUUAGGGUUGAACACACAGUAACACAGAGUUAGACACCCCCACGAGAGAUGAAUGUUGCAGACCACUUGCUUCUCUAGUUAGUAACGACCGCACAGUAGCAAUAUACAGCGGUCUGAGGAGCCAUACCAAAAUGCCACUCUAUAGCCACAAAUAAUGCUCAGAACAGCACCUAACUUCAUCAGUACAUUUAGGGUCCUAGUCACAGCACUCGCCACCAAACCUCUUCUUAGCUUUGCCUGAUUUCUUUAGCAAAGAGACUAAACACAACUCACCUACUCUCUUCCAGCAGCCACUUGUUUGUAGCGAGACCUCGGGCCAAUCCAUUGCGGAGUGACGCGGUUUAAGGAAGAACAUUUAUGAUCAUUUCUUCAUGGAAAUGCAAUCAGACUGAGAUGCUAAGGUAGAAGAACUACCGAGUCUGCAGUGCAAAAUGAUUAAUAUGGUGAUCAUUACUUCAAGGAAAUGAUAAAAAAAUGAUCAUAAAUGUUCUUCCUUGAGCUGAGUCACCCCGCAGCAGUCCGUAAUGGACUGGCCCGAGGUCUCACAAACAAGCGGCUGCUGGAAGAGAGUAGGUAAGCCGUGUUUGAAUGAAGUUAGGUGCUGUUCUGAGCAUUAUUUGUGGCAAUAGAGUGGCAUUUUGGUUGAGGUUUGUGUGUGGCUCCUCAGACCGCUGUGUAUUGCUAUCAUGCGGUCGUUACUAAAGUUGGUAUAACUAGAGAAGCAAGCGGUCAGCAACAUUCAUCUCUCAAGGGGGGUGUCUAACUCUGUGUUAUGGUGUGUUUGACCCUAAAUUAAUUUCACACCGGAAUAUCCCUUUAACUGUACCAAGCCCUGCACCAAGCUGCUGCUGGGCCAACUCUUCUGUCUUGCAUUGAAAAGCUAAAAAGGCAAAUCUGUGCUUAGAAGGUGGUGCAAACCAAAUACAAUGAAUAAUAAGUUUGCCCUUUUUCUGUUCAAUGAAAUAUUUUUAGCUUGGCAUGUGCUUGAAUAUUCAUAUUUUCACAGGGUUGAUUUAAAAGGCCAAAGCUUUAUCUGACUCCCGCGGUCAAUAAACCCCAAAAGCAAUGCCUACAGCUGGCAAGAACACCAAAGUACUAUUACACAUUAAAAGAGGAAAAUUAGAAAAAAAAUGAACCUUUUGCAGGACAAUUAUAAGAAAAUCUUCAGCAGCCCUCUUUCCCGCUCCAGCUCCACCCCUGCCUUUACACACUACAGCUCUUAAUGGUUGAUCGAUAGGUGAAGUCUCUCUGGAUUGUUGCAUUUAGGAAAUAAUGGAACCAAAAAGCCAAUUUUAAGUCCAGAGCUAUCAGCGGGAAUAGCAACAGAGAGGAUAAUUGCGUAUUGACAAAAGAGUGUAGAAAGCGAAGACAGCAUGCAAGACCACUCUCCAAUUUACUCUGUCAUCCCGAGGCACUAAUUGUCCUGUUUGCUGAUAAAUAAGUGGGGCAGCGCUUUGUAAAAACCAAUCAUUUAAGGGGUAAGGAUACAACUUCAGAAGCUUGCAUGACUUAAACUACAAAUUCAAUCGAGAUGAUGUUUCAAGGCAUGACAGACUCGUGACUAUCAUGGCUGAAUGUACUCAGUGAAAUGAGCUAUUUUUUCACUGCAUGAGAGACUGUUAUGCUUCUUUGGGUGUAAACUGAUAGUAAAUGGCUUGUUAGGACUUAAUUACCAGAUUAAUCAUGGUCCAAAGGACAUUGAUGUACUACUACUCAAACGCACAAAUUAGACUUGAGCGACAUUUGAGUCUUAACCUGAUUAGGCUGUUUGCUUAUGUGGUCAGGGUUAAAUCGCAGUCUGUUUCACUUCAGUUAAAUGAGAAAUGAAAGAUAUUUGUUUGAUAUCAGCAAGUUUAGCCUCGCAAGAAAAACUUGUGCAUACACAUCCACCUGACUGAGUCCCAGACCUCUCUGCCUCUCUGUGCACCUGUAACUGAGAGUCAUCUAAGGCUUCAUGCUUGUGUCAAAGACAACUGAGGCCAUCUGUUGCGUGUAUGUUUUUAUGUUAUUUUUCUGCCCUGCCACAAAAACUCUGCUGACAGAACACCCAAGGGUACCUAUGUGCACCUCACAGCACCUGGGGAUCUGCUCACUGAAGCACCUUUAUUUUUCUGCUGGCUCUGUUAAGGGACACCUGCGUUCUGCCAAAAGCUCAGACACAAAAGCAGCGAUGUUUGAAAAGGGCUUUGUUAUAUAAGGAGCAUUACACAACCUUGCCAUUAACCCUAAUUGGAGCAGCUUGGUGGAACAGAGAAAAACACUCAGCACUGUCAGACAGCAGAAUAUUCCCCUCAAUUAAAAAGGAAACUGAUGUCAGGCUUAGUUUAGUGAAUUAAAGUAUUGUUAUGUUCCCUCUAGGGCUUCAGAGUAUGGAGGAGUAGGUGAAGACAUUUAAUAACUACUUAUUAAAACAAGUGAGUUUCUCUUUUUCUUUUCUGUAGCUCUGUGAAUUCACUCAUUGUGUCCCUAUACUUUUCAGCAUCAUAUUUGUCAUGAUAUUCUUGGGAAACUGGCUGGAGAAACAGUGUAGGGCUUUAAUUCUUGAUGAAUUAGAUCUCUUUAAAUGAAGCUCUCUUGAUUUCCGUUGCAGCAGUCUAAUCAGGGCUGAUUGAUAACCAGGAUGCACAGUGAAUGUGGUUAAUCAAAAUUGAACUCCCAGGUAGGUUAAAUAUGCAGCAGUGCUCUGGGUACUGUAGCACCAAGAUGGAAAAACAGUGGUGGUGGCUGUUAAAUAUGUAUUAAAAUGUUGAUUUUUAUUCAAAAUUAUUUAAAAUCUAAUUCCCUAAUGGUCCCCUAAACUCAAAGUCCUGAAGUCUGAAGCUCAACUGAUGGGUGGUGUGGCAUUCAGGCCAAUGUUUAUAUGAAUAUCCAUGGUCAAUCAAACCUGUCCAACAUGUGUUUCAUUAGUCUGGUGGCUGUGUGCAGCUUUGUUAACAUGAUAGAGGAACUAACAGUUGAUGAAGAAAAAAAGUCCUCAUACUCGAAAACAUUGUCCUUGCAAAGUUUGGACGUAGUUUGAUGGGUUGUACGGAGAGAUUAAGGUUGUUAGCCCUUUGUAGUAGAAGAAGUAGAAGAAAGGAGAUUAGAUAAAUUGUUUUCACUCUUUGACAUACAAGUGUUGGGACCCCUGAUAACGUCUUUGUCAAUUGUUUUGAUGUGUUUCAUACAAAGAAAGUCUGAUAGUGUAAUAGGGACAGUCUUAAAGUAAAAUUACCUCAUCAAGCUUUAACUUUAGUCCCACUUAACUGUGCUUGUAAACGUACGGAGCGGUCAGAAGAGAGAGUCGAUAGAUGGAUGUCACAAAACUAUUUCAAAUUUUAUCUGGUUGGCUCAUUUCUUUCUGUAACAGAUUUUAAUAAUGCUUUAAUAAUAUCUGACUGUCCUUUUAACAUCUAAACUGAAAAUCAUUUGUGACCUAUUUGGUUUUAGAUUUUUCAAACAUUUUGCUCCUCAUAUCCCUUAUAAUCUUUUUGGCUUAUCAUCUACGGUUAUAAUUGAUGUAUUGGCAAAUUUGAAUUACACUCCUGUUCAAAAUGACUGAUAUUCAUGAUUACAGGUUGUGCCUGUGCAGACAUUUGCUCCAACUUAAUGGACAGUCCUGCUGUGAGGAGAUAAAGACUGAAUGAUGAUAAUAUUUGGCGCUGGCUUAUGGUCUGUCAUGAUUGAUCUAUCCCACCAUCAUUUAUAACAGGAGUAGCUUUAUACAAGACCUUCACACACCUCUAUCAUGAAGUCCAGAAGGAGUCUUCACCUGCUGACAAAACAGGAACAGCCUCAAAGAGCCUUUACCUGGACACAGCUCAGUGAAGAGACAGGACUAUCAGGGGACCUCUGAGUAAAUCUAUGUUCAAAGCAGGAAAGUGAUGCAGUUAAUGAUGUGACCUCUCACCCGGCCUCCAUGAGCCGCUUGUCUGAUAUUGUCUUUGCUGCUGGGAGCAAUCAGGUGUGCUGGAGGGAGGUAAAGGAGAAAAUGGGGGUAAGGUCACAUUUUAACAAGCCUCCUCUGCAGCCUUUUAUGUAGCGACCCGUGGCCUUCACACCGUUCGCGGCCUCAAUGAUAGAAAUGUAAAUGUCACUUCUUUUUUUUACUGACACACAGAGGUUUUACUUACACGGUGUCACUAUAACAGAGGGGGAACAUAAACCUGCAGAUAUAAACACCUGCUGCACGAUAGUUUUAUAUUAUCAUCUCAGUAACAGUGAAGCGUUGACUCCUGCGGUGAUUAAGUCAGCAGGCACAGUAGGGGGCUGCCUGUGGUUACAGGAGCAUCAGAUUCUAACACAGAAACUCAAUCAUACACAGUAGGGUAAAUAGCAACAUCUUAGCAAAGCCACUCAGGCUCAUAAACAUAAAAUAUUAUAAGAAUUUUAAUUUAAAGCAAUAUCGUUAACAGCACAUUUUUAUGAAAGAGUAUUGGGGCCACAUGAAGAGAAAAAAUAAUAAUUAAGAGAAGGAGAUUAAAGUAGAAAUUUCGAGAUUGAAGUCAAAUUUUCGACAUUAAAAAAAUUGAAAUUAUAUCAAUAAAGUUGAGAUUUCAAGAUUCAAGUCAAAAUUUCGAGAAUAAACAAAUUAAAAUGAUGAGAUUAAAGUCGAAAUUUUGAUAUUAAAGUUGACAUGAAUAAAGUCAAAAUUUCAACUUUUUAAAAUUUCGACUUUAAUCUCAAAAGGUAAAUUUAAAAAAUCUCCCUCCUGUAAUUAUUUUUUCUCUUCUUUCAUACAUUUUAGCUGGAACAGGUGACAAAAAGUCUCGAUUUAUCCUAUUAUGAUCAGAAGAUUGUCAAAAUUAAAGCUCCAGUAAGGAGUUUUUUAAUAUAUAUUUAAAGUAGACUGAAAUUCAUAUAUGAACCUUUUUAUAACUGGCAAAAGUAAACCAGACCAUCGGUAAUUUUUAAUACCUUAAAUAGGUGUAAGGGGCCGGUUUAAAAAAAAAAAAAAAAAGAAGCUAGUUUAAGCUAUCAUGAUAAACAAACAAGCUUUCGCAGGUUGUUUUUGAUAAAUAAAAGCCUUUAAGAGAUAUUUAAAAUAUGCUGCAAAAACACAAUUAAAAAUUAUAUCCUUUGUUAUAUCAUUUUGCAUCGCUCUUUGUCAUGUCUUUUAUUUCUGUGGCUUUACGUGUUACAUAAUGCCUUCUUUUAUUUUACUUUAACGUCAACAAUAUUGAUGCACGUUAUAAAAAAUCCACACUGCACAUGCUGCCAAAGAGAUGCGUUAAAGAGAGCUAUUUCCAUCCAUCAGCCAUCUGUUUGAGAUAAUUUUCGUCUGAUAAAAUUAAAACCCUCCAACAGGGACUCUUAUCAAAGAGCUCAGAUGUGCAUUCACAUACAUUCAUGUACUUUUACAGUCAAUGGGUCGGCAGGAAAAUCUGUUUUACUCUGGAUUAAUUGCCAAUAUCAUCUGCUAGAUUUGCAUGUGACUUCCAUAUGUUAACAAGAACCUUAAUGGGCAUCUGCAGAGAGUGACUCAUUAUUGCACGUCUUUUUCUGUGCAUGCAUACUGGUGUUCAUUAGAUGUUUUAUGGUGCUCACACUGCUGCUCACACACAAUUAGGGUUGUUCUACUCGCGGCAGAGAAUAACUUAAAGUGCGUCUUUCCUUUUUUAGCAAAGCCUGAGAAGCUGCUGUCAUUUCUGAGGAUUAGAGAGCCCACACAGAUGUCCUCUUAGAGUUGAGAAAUGAAAGCUGCUGUGCGGAAUUGAUAAAACUGAAGGAGAAAUCACGCUGAUAGAAAGUUCAGCUCGAUAGAUACUGAAUGUGAGCUGGAAAACAGCAACAUGCAGGGAGGCGCAGCGAACUUGAUAUGUCAUCUGAAGUGUUUUUGAGGCUUCAGAUGAGCUGGAAUUGUUGUCUUUGGAGAAUAGUUAAGGAAAAAGUUCUUACUGAUCACCUGUGGAGAGACGAGCUAGUUAAACAAGGAGCAGUUGGAGUUAAAAUCAGCCAACAUGCGUCCCCUUUAAUCUGACACAAACCUUUAUUCUGUCACUGUCACUUCUGCUCCUCUCAGCUGUUUUUUAUGCUCAGUUUGGUUUACCUCCUGCUUCUUGUCAAACUAACAACCGCUCACUGAGAUCAGACCGACACAGGCAUGUCAAACACGACAUAGAGUCUCACGCUUGGAGCAAAGCAUGCUGGGAUAAAGUGACACAUACUGUGCACUUCUAGUGUGUUGAAGUGGAAAAAGCCUGAUUGAAUUUCCCUUCAGGGAUCAAUAAAGUUCCUCUUAUCUUAAGUGAGUGUCUCUGCAGUGAUGUUGACAGCCUUAUUAUAUCUUUACAUGAAUUUUUUUUAUCCCUUUUCUUUCUGAUUGAUGCUGCACACAUGCGGCUCUUUGCAAAUUGCACAUCACAUAACUUUUGAGUUGCCUAACCUUGCUAAAAAUCUGCAAACUGUCAGUAAGUGUCAAAAAUAGCUUGAGUGGAAAACUACUCAAUAAGGACCAAGCAGUAAGGUACGGGAGUAAUUUCAAAGUAAAAGCAGUUUUUUUUUUUGUUUGUUUGUUUGGUUUUUUUUAAAAUCCAAAUCAAGAUAAUCAAAAAAAAAAAAAAGAAAAUACAUAAUCAGCUAAUCAUAACUUCAAUAAACAUGACAAACUAUGAUGGGUCUGAAUGACAGUGGCACAAAUAUUUCAGGAGGGCAAUGAAUAAAUGUUUCAUAAAACACAAAAUCAUUUAAUUAAAUUGAAAAAUUAUUUCAUAACACCUGAAAACAUUUUCAAAACUUCAAAAAUGUUUCACAUGAACACAAAUAUAUUCAAUGAAAUGACAAAAAAAUUACAAAAACAUACAGAUAUCUUAAAAACAAAAUAUUAUAAACACAAAAAAUAAUAUCUUAGAAUUAAAAACAUCAUUUAAAAAAAUGAUAUUUUAUUAUAUAUUAUAGUUUAAAUUUUUCUAAAGCAACUUAAUUUUCAUGUCCAGCUUCCAUCACUAUCACAUACAAAACAUAACUCAGUUUGCCUGACUUCCCUCUGGCCUAAUGACGUCUGUACUUCCUGUUGGCAAAACAUGAAACAACUUUUUAAACCAAAAGUUUCCCCAUCAUCUCUGGGGAGUAAAGUCUGUGACAUGCAGUGACUUUGGCACAUCCAAAGCUCAAGAGCUGACAGGGUCGCCAGCCUGUCAGCCUCUACUCUUUUUCUUUUGUUUUUACCACUGACGCCGCUGGUGAGCUGAGAGGAUUCCUUUGUUUUGGUUGUAAAAAUCAAUACACCGUACAGAAGGGACGAGGAGAAAGAGAUGCUGCUCCCCUGUUAGUGAUUCUCUGCUGAUGGCUGCCAUCUCCUUUCAUGACUUUGCUAAUCAUCAUCAUCUCCUCUCAGUCUGGAUUUGGGUCAGCAAGGCCCCUCUGUUCAUUCUCAGGUCUCACUGGUAGUUUGCAGAAACAUCUUUGUUGUUUAAUUUGUCAAAUGAUAAUGAAAUAAGUUUGUUUUUCAUGUCAUUCAUCAACACCAUCGCUUUAUAUCUUGUCCUGAUAUGAGCAGGCUUUUCUGUUCUUGCUUUGUUUCUUUAUGUUUCUCGUGAUUGUUAUUCGAGAUGAAAUCCACCACACAGUUGCCAGUUUAUUACUGCUGGGUCCAGGUAGUCCCUGAUCAGAUUAAGCAAUGUCUAUAAAUCACCGCAGGAGGGUAUCAGGAGCUCCAGUCAGCUGUUGGGCGUGUAUAUGAAGAAAAGACAUGCACUGUGAGCAACACUUUACAGAGACCACCUCUGACCUCAGAUCCAGGACUGCUGUCUCCUCUGGUAUUGGCUGGGGUUUGGAUUGAGCACAGAGAUGAUCCCUGAUCUGCGGAGAAGUCUGUGGGGGGAAAAAACUCUCUGGCCUAAAACCGAAUUAUCUCUGAAAGAUACAGGAGGCCGACAUGCUUCAGAGUAAGGCCCUGAACUCUCUUUCUGUCUUGUCUUUACAUCAGAGCAGUCUCAGACCUUUUUUGUCUUACUUUUCAUGAAGUUUGUGAGGAAAGAAGAGAACAGUGAUUGCUGAUGUAGUCACUUAAUAUUUGCAUCAGGCUUCAUUCUUAGAGGAGACACUUGUUUUACCAAAAAGCUUGUUGAAACAAAAAGAAGGUAGGAAUAAGAUUGAUUCAGUCUACUUUAGAGUUGUGAUUGUUUUUGCAUAUCUGAGCUUGCCGUAUCAAAGCAUGGACAUACAAAAGCUGCAGAAACCAGAUAAGUGGAUUUCCUUCUGCAGCCGGAGACUUUUGGCAUGUUGUAUUUCAAUCCUAUCACGAACACUGAUAUGUAUACAUGUGCUGCUCCUCCUCCAGAGGAUUGGGAGGGCUUGAAGCGCAGCAUCCACCGACGAUUCUCAACACUGCUGUGCAUUUCAACCCCUUGCAGCAAUUUUUUUCCUUCCCAAUCCCUCCUCUCUCUCUCUCUCCUCGCCCAUAGGCAGCUGAAACUGCUGAUUCAGCUCGCCUUCGUAUGGAGAGUUGCACCCUCGGCAGAAACGUUAUUGAUUUGUCUUGUUUGUAAGGGGGGAAUGUUCACAAACCUCAGGUCAUAUUUUGCAGCUCUGCACACGUAUGAACACUGCAAGACAUCAGAGAGAGAGAGAGAGAGAGAGAGAGUGGAGAAAACAUGAUUAGUGAACACAGGCAGACAUAUAAAAAAGACAAAUGAAGUUAAUAACAAAGCUUAUCUAGAAAAUGCUGACGAUCACAUAUAUGCAGCAGCGCCCUUCUCACUGAAGGCUGCUUUGUAAGAAAGUUUGCCAGUAAAUCUCAAGCUGCCCUGUGAUUGGUGCCCUUCUGCUGUCAUGAUAAGGCCCGCCCACUUAGAGGGAAGAUAUGAUUGGUCAGUUUUUUUGUCAUUUAGAACUAUUCUGUUUUUGAGCUGCUGUUUAGGCCUUCAAUGAUUUUAUUGACAGACCACCAAUCAGGGAGCUGGAAUCACAGUGUUUUCUUCCUAGCAACAGCAGAAGCUGGAAAUUCUGAUUGGUUGACAAGUUUGUUUCUUACUUUUGAACCUUACAUCCCAACACAGACUGAAAGGGCAGGUUUUUAGGGCUCAUUAUCUCAUAUUCCUCUCUGAUUUUAAGACUUUAAAUCUAUAAAAUGUAUUUAUAAGUAUUAUUUUUAGCUUUUUAUGACUGUGCAGUAAUAUUGUGAGAUACAGGAAAGGGAGAGCAGAGGUUGACACAUGCAAAAAUGUCAUGAAAUCAAUUGAUCUGCAAAAUUCAUGAUGCAGGUUGAAGUUUUAGAUGAACCCUCUGCAGUCUCAAGUUUGUUUCUUUGUCCUCUGCGAUUUUUAUUACUGUCCCAAAGCACUGCACACUACAGAUCAGACAUCUGUCCAUCAUCUGUCUCUCCUCCUGUAACAGACACACGUCUAACAGCUUAGGCAAUGGUUUCACUAGUCAUGGAGGAAGAAAGUACACGUGCGUUUUUCGACCACCUAAGCAGUGCAGCCGGAGCUGUGUGUGAUUUCUCAACCGGCUAAUGAGAAUAUUUGACAUUUGGCGAGUCCACUGUGUGUAAGUCAUUCAUCACCUCACUGAUUCAGCCCUCGGUGGUAAUAUGUUGAGCGGGAUUCCCACCAUGGGGCCUGAGGGUGGAGCUGAGAGGGGUAUUAACAUGCAGAAACACACCAGGGUAAUGGAAGGCACAAUUUAUCUGCAGGCUGUGGGAAUUGAUAUAGCAUAAUUGAGGCUCUUGAUCAUUAGUAUUCCUAAUAUGUAUAAUAAUUUCCAUUAAUUAACUGAUGAUGAUUAAUGAAUCAAGUAAGAACACAGAUUAUUAGCUGGUCCCCGCUUUGAAAACAGAACUUUUUUUUUCUCCUUUAUUUGUUUUACGUGAUAAGAAAUUGAAGUCCUUUAAGCUCUAGACUCCACUUUGCAAACAUGUUUCAUUUGCUUCCAUAAUUGAGCGCCACAAAGAGCUGCUCCAUUAAGACUGACCAGCAAACACACACAGCAGCUGCGCAUCCAGUUAAGAGCUCGAAUGCUGCUUCCCCGCUGCAUGAACUUUGAUAUUUGACCUUCACAGAAUCAGCAUUUAUGCUCUCACUUAGAGGGAAGCAUGUACAGACAGACAUGCUGACAAAAUAUUUGUACAGUGCGUACGUCAAAAGCCCUCGAAAUCGCUCACUGACCGUGCCAUGAACCCUCCAUGCAGAAGGUGCAUGCAUGUGCGUGUCCAUCUGUGUGUGAGAUGAAAACAUGGUGUGUGCUGAAAGUUGCAUGCGGUGAGGAAAAAACUGGUCCAGUAACCGGAGAUCAACUUUGCACUCUAGAUGACCCUGCAGCCAUGAGGAUAACAAGAGCUGCUCAGCACGGGGACCCAUGACUAUUUAAUGAUCAUUUCCAGAGCAGAGGCAUGAAAACGUUGACUCAUAGACUGUUAACAGGACAGGGAGUGUUUUCUUGAGAGAAACCCUUUCUAUUUUUACCAUCUCUUCUGCUUUUAUCUUAUGUGUAAAUUGUGUUGGGAAAUAAGUCUGCAGAGCAAUCACAAGAUGCACAGCUUUUUAAAUGUCAGUGCGUUUUGUGGGGGGGAUAAGUGCUUCCCUGUAGUACUCUGGAGAGUUGGGCUAUAAUUGCAAGAAACCGAUAGAGCUCAGCAUUGAGAGGUGACAUCCAACCUGGGCCUGUGCUAAUAUUAAACUGACAUAUAAAGAAAAGACCACAAGAAGCUAGAAUUUAAAAAUAUAUUGAGUUUAACAGCUUGACUGAGAGUUUCCAGAAAGAGGAAAUGUGCUCUUUAAGGAGGCUGAUGCACUAUUUAUUUGUGUCAAUGCAUGACGAAGGGUAGUGACUGUUUAUCCUCUUUGCAUUGCAUUUAUGACAUAACUUUGUGUGUGCAUACAGUAGUUUAUGUGCAGCAGUGUGUAAUCGUGUGUGCUCAUCAGGGUGUGCCUUUAAAUAGAACACAUAAUAUACUGUAAUGAUUCGUCUUGUAGGAGUGCUCUAACACUCCCCGGUGUCUUUUAAUGGCUCGCUAAGAGAGAAUUAAUUCUGUGGUUUCUGCCUCAGAGAUGCCUCUAAACAAAAGCUGCUGUAGUGUUGCAGGUUUCUGACUUCCACUGUGAGUGGAGAGCAUAAACUAAAUGAUGCAAAAUAAGACUCAGUAGACAGGAAGAGUUGAGUUUCAAUUUCCAAAGUCUCCGGCCCGCAAAAUAAACGAAAUUAAUGCAGUGAGCCCUCUUUUACUUCUGACAGAUUUCAGCUUAUCUGAUCUCUGAUUGGCUCUAGUUUUAAUGUAUUUGCCUCAGUUGGAAACAAACACCAGUCCUUGAUUUAUUAGAAAUUUCCCUGUACUGUGUCAUUUUGACUCAAAUUUAUAAACAGCUCUGUUAAUCACACUAAGUGAUGGAAACAACUCGCUAAUGUGAAACUGCAUCUGAACAUUAUUCAUCUGCAUAAUUUCAAAGUAUCAUAAUUUAGUGUUUUUUUGAUUUACAUUUUUGGCACAAGAGGAACAUCUCCUUUUAAAAGACACCACUUAAGGGGAAAUCGGAGCCCAGUGAGUCAGUUCAAAUGAAUCCGUCUGUAAUUACAUGCAUUAUACAUCAGGAUCAUCACAAUCUUUUUUAAGUGGUAGAAAAACUGCUAUUAUUAAUUUAACAGAACGAUGGAGCUAAAUGUGGAGCCUUCGUUGCUUAACAGGAGGGGUCAAGAGACAGUCCAGGCCUGCAGCAUUGAUGCUGGGGAUCUCCAUGGUGACAGACUCUCCUUGUUCUUGUCUAAUAGUUCUAUCCAAUGUCUUGAGAUAGACAAUAAAGAUAUGGUUGUAAGAAAGCUUGACACUCAGUGUGUUUACAUGCACAGUUUAAUCAGACUAAGCUCAUUAUUUAUUUUUUUCACUGAAUCGCACUUCUCUCCUUGUCCCGGGUAUACAUACAGCUGAGGAAAUCUAAUUAUUUACGUGAACGUGUCCUCCUCCCCAACACUAGGGGGCGAUAUUGGUCUUUUCAGCGGCACUGUUUCCGACCUUUUUUAAAGAUGUCUCCGUUCCUCGUUUUGCGAUUGUCCAUAUGCUUGAAAAUGUCCAUUUCUUUCAGGAGGAAAACCAUAAAAAGUUCUUUAAAUGAUAGCGCCACUUCUUCUCUGGUGUUUUUGUCACAGGGUUACAGAGGCGUGGCGCACAUGCAUUGUCCGAUCAUACUCCGACUAUGGUGGUUGCACAGUAGAGAAAAUCGAAUUCCAAUCGCAUUACCUGGGUGUCUUAAAUAAAGUUCUCCGACUCCAGUCCAGUAGGUGCUUACGUGAACUUCAGUUGUACGGUCUUAAUCCGAGUAAGGCAAUGAUUCAAUUUUCUUGAGUGUCUUGUAAACAUACUGAGUGACAGCUUUGUGUCCCUCUGUCCUUGCCUUACCUGCCUCAAGAAGAUGAGGUAAACAAAGUUGUACAUGACCAGACUAAUCCUAUGUAAGUUAAAGGCGGUGGCAGAGGUGUAUAUGUGUGUUGUCCCCUCUUCUUCUUCUGUCUGUGGUUGCAUGUGUGUGUCGUCAGCAGAGAGAGUUGAACAGAGUACACAGAAAUCUGCAAAAUGAUGCAGUAGGAAGUAAAAAAAAGGGGACAGCUGCCACGGGCCACAGAGAAUACUCAGAGAGACACUCACACUCGCACAAACAUGAGCACAAGAUGUGAUUGGCGUCUGGAUAUCUGCAGCUCCCACAUCCUCAUAGAAAAGUGUGUGCUCUGGAUUUGACGCUAAUAAAACAAGGAGCAGUGUGUGGUGACAGAGGUAGCGUUUUGCUCCUCAGGCUAAUCAUGUUGGAGAUACAGACAACAAACAAACAAACAAACACUGGCAGGGUGUUACUUACUCUCAUUUAAAAUUUCACAACGCAGUGGUUGGUCUUGUACCUUGAGGGGACAUUGAACGCUGAGAUCUCUGGACAGCAGAGGCACAGUUGCCCCCUCCUGCUGUUUUCAUCGUGCAACACCGAAAACAGAUCUUAAGAGUUCAACUGGGAGAAAACAGGCAGCUUGAAAACCCUUGCAGCAUGUUGAACCCCAACAAAAACACACAAUUCCUUCUUGUUGCAGUUCUGCAAACCAGCCUUCACAGUUAUUCCUCUAAUAAUCUGCUCUACAGGACUCUGUUAACUAUUUGUCAGCUUGUGGUCUCUCAAUAUGCCGAUGACUCCACGGUGUUUCUGAACCCACUGCAGACCACUGAUUUUAAGUGCAUGAAUACAAAUCAGAGAACACACACACACACACACACACACACACACACACCAAACCUCUUAUAUUACUGUCAUAUCUCAUUUGCUUUCUCACUCACACUGUCCAGCUGCUCUUCAUCUCUGCCAUGUCCUGUCCAUCUGUUACUCUCCCUCUGUCUUCAAAUCAGUUUACGCUGCCGGUAUCUUCCCACAUGGCUUUGUUAACACAGCUCUGUUGUUCUUUAGGGUGUGUGUGUGUCUCACAUCCCGACCUGCAAGAUAACUGAUUAUUUUGGCUUGUCGCUCAGGAGUUGUGCAGGAACCGAAAUCAUCGACAACUCCUGCACGCUCAUUCUCCUGAACUGCUCUGACUGUUUCUCGUAUGUUUUUGCUCAUCCAAGCAGUUUUUUGCGUUUUGUUUGGAACAUGACAUGCAAUUUUAAAACUGAUGCAUCAGCAGCUGUUUUACGAAGUAAGAAUCAACAGGCAAUCUGCCGUCUCUGCAGCUUUUAACUGAUAACAUGACCGACUGCACAAAGAAGAUGUCAGUCAGCUCAUUACGUUCGAGUGCUGACAUGUUAUUUUCACCGUCAGGCUCUGCUGCUUAUUUUGGAAACACAAUGGUCAUGAUAAUACUCUUUGGGCUUGCAGUGGAUUUGUAAGUCAGCUGAUCUGGUCUCAGUUGCUGCAGUCUACAUGUCAAAGUUUCUUCAAUUUUAGGGUGACCAUAUUCUUAAUUCCAAAAAAAGAGUCACUACUGCACGGGGCCGAGUUGCGGAGUCACAGUCACAUGUAGUUUUUCAGGUCAGGUCGAGUUGAGUGUUGUUUACGUGCUUUUAACUCAGUUAGUCCAUACGACACAAAUUCAAAACUUCCAUACAAAAACCAAGACAUUUGAUGGAUUUUAUAAACUCCCCCGGACAGGCCGGACAGCCCCCAAAAAAGAGGACAUGUCCGGGUAAAAGAGGACAUAUGGCCACCCUAUUUAAUCUUAUGGAUUUGAUUGACACCUCAUAGCUAACAUAUCAGGAUGGCGCUGCAGCAGCACUAUUGAGUAUGCACAGUCCCAUAUGGUCUAGCGGUAAGGAUUCCUGGUUUUCACCCAGGCGGCCCGGGUUCGACUCCCGGUAUGGGAACUGCUCUUUAGGGUUAUGGUUAGGUUGAUUACAACAGUCACUUCAAGUAGUACACAUGCCAUAGUAAAACUAAUUCCCCUGACUGUAAUUCUAAUGAAGAUAUAUGUAAAUGCAUACGGGAGGGCACUUCUUCUCUGUUUCAUUAGCAGUGUCCUUCAGAAUGAGCCUCAGUUCUCUGUGGAAAAGAACAAAAUCAAUUGUUUUCUUUGUAAAACACAAAAAAGCCAAACAGUGUAACACAGUAAACACACUCUAGCAUGUACCUACUCCUAUAUGAAAAACAAUGAUGGAUACAUGAGCAGCUUUUCUAAAACCUAAUCUAGGGUGAGCAUACGUCCUCUUUUACCCAGACAUGUCCUCUUUUUUGGGGUCUGUCCGGCUUUGUCUGGGGGAGUUCGUAAAAUCCUUCAAAGUUUUGGGUUUUUGUACGGAAGUUUUGAGUUUGUAACGUGUGGACUUAAUGAGUUAGAAGCGUGUAAAAAUACUCGAUCCGCCCCGAAAAACUCUCAGAAUUAACAUUGUGACUCUGUGACUCCGCCCCUGCGUAGUUGUGUCCUCUUUUUUGAAAGUCAGAAUAUGGUCAUCCUAUCUACUGUAUUUUUCGCACUUAAAAUCCUUUUGGCUUGUUGGAGCACUGCAACUACUAUAGCCUUGCGGAGUUAUUAAAUGAGUUAAAUGAAGUUUGACUUAUCUGACUGUUUUGUUUGGCUUAAUGCGCUUUAUAAUUCGGUGCGCCUUAUAUUGCAAAAAAAAGGGUAAUCAAAAUCAUUUUGUAGAUGAUUUGAUUGACACCUCAAAGCUAACAUAUCAGGAUCCCCACUUUGCUGCGCCAUUGAGUACUCAGAGUCCCAUAUGGUCUAGCGGUAAGGAUUCCUGGUUUUCACCCAGGCGGCCCGGGUUCGACUCCCGGUAUGGGAACUGCUCUUUAGGGUUAUGGUUAGGUUGAUUACAACAGUCCCUUGAAGUUGCUCAUAUGCCUGGCCAGUAAAACCAAAUCCUCUGACUGUAAUUCUAAUGAAGACAUGUAUGUAAAUGCAUACAGCAGGGCACUUCUUCUCUGUUUCAUUAGCAGUGUCCUUCAUAAUGGGCCUUAGUUCUCCGUGGAAAAGAAUAAAAUCCAUUUCUUUUGUUUUCUUUGUAAAACACAAAAAAUCCAGACUAUGAAACACAGUAAACACACUCCAGCAUGUACCCACUCUUAUAUGAAAAAAACAGAUAAAAUAUUGUGCAAAAAUGUGAAUGCAAAAGCACUCUGUUCCCUGUUCUGACUCUUAGAGAUAAUGUCCCUUAUUUUUCCUCUCCAGUUUUCCCAUGAGGGAAUUUUCUGUCCUCUCAUUUCUCAGCUCAGGUGUGGAGCUCAGCUGAUAAGAGGAUAUUACCUGGCACUAACUAUGCUAUUGUUCAAGUAGACUCACACCCUGUUAUUCUGGUUGUCUCACAUAUUUCUUCAGAUAUAGAACAAGCUUGUUCUUCUGUAAAAUCUGAGUUUAUUAAAAGGGGUUAUAGUCGAGUGGCAGAGGGGUUGUAAGAGUUUAAGUUCCUCUAUCUUGCUCUCUGCAUACCAGUUUUGUGUAUUUAGACAAAGAAGAAGCUCCUUAACCAGAGACAACAUCUUAACAUAAACAUCUCAUCUGUUCAAUUUGCAUCUCAUUUGCAAACCAAGGUCUGAGGAAGAGUCUGGAGGAGGAGUAGGGAGUCACAGAAUCUAGGUCUGGGUGUGAUCAUUUGGGGCAUCUGCUGUUGGUCUUCUGUGUUUUAUCCAGUCUGAAGUUAAUGCAACCAACAACCAGAAGACUUUAGAGAACAUCAUGCUUCCAUCUGCAGACAAGCUUGGACAUUGAGACUCUUUUUCACCAGGACUCAGCACCUACCCACGGCGCCAAAACUACCAAACGUUUGCUUACCACAUGGUAACUGUGCUUGAUUUGGGCGGCUGGCCCACUCUGAAUCUCCACAGGCUGAUCACCUCCUAAUGCAGUCAUUUGUGGUAAAGAAACUUGGCCAACUGAAUGUAAAAGUGAAAAAAUCUUUUAGACAAGAACCUUCAAAUCGUUGUUUUUACCGGUCUUAAGAACUACUCUAAUAAUUUAAGUUAUUGGCAACAAGCCUGUAUAAAUAAAAUAAGCUUGAAAUAUUUAACUUUGUAUCCGAUAAAUAAAGAGCACAUGAAAAAAAUUUAGCUUUUCAUGAUAUUCUUAUCCUUUGAGGCGAACCCGAAGAGCAAAGAGGUGCUAAUGCUACCCAAUAGCCCCAUACCUCAUACACAACCGUCUGUAACUCCACUUUGAGAGCGAUCUGAUUGAAUUAUUUAGUCAUUAGCUUGUAUGAGAUGAGCUGUAACCACACAAGUAUUAAUCUAUCCAGUUAAAUGAGGUCUGACUGCAGGGUCACGAUACUGCUGCACUGUCUUCAGGUGAACUCGCCUGUUUGCGUCUCGCUCAGCUGCUCUCCUUGUCGAGAAAAGAUGCCUCUUGACAAAUUUGGCUCUCUGUAUUUCUGGCACUGAUGAUGUUUUUAUGGACCUGGAAAAAGUAGAGCAAAAGAAUGAGCGGUAGAGUGUAAGAUGGGAGCAAAUACUGCGAGCAUUUACAUUCCUUCAUACUGCAGACUCUCCAGAUCUUCUGAAAUGUUUCUGCUCUGUCCAACUCGCAGAUACACUCCUCUCCACUAUCUCCCUCUCCAGUGAUUCUCCUCUCUCUGCUCUGUUGCCGUCCAAUUCCUCUUCUUGCCAAACUAUUUCUCUCAAUCUUCAUUUUCUCUCUCUGCAUAAUCAUAGGCCUAUCCUGCCUUUGCCUCCAUUGUUGUUAUUCAUUAUGUUAAUGCUCCCUGACAGUGGAACAGAUGGGUGAGGAUGAUGAGGGCUAUAAAAAGUUUUAUAAGCUGCAGUCAUCCGAACUCCAGUUUAUUGUUUUAAGCUAUUUUUCCAAAAAGCUUUAUGUUUGAUACAUAAGUACAAUCUGUGUUUUUAAGCUCUUCUAUUAAAACCUGCUUGGAAAUUUUUAAAGCAGAGCUGCACAGUCUGUGCUCUUCACCUUCAUGUAGGAGGAUUCACCGGUGAGCUGGCUGUCAACUGUGUGUGAAGAGAGUCGCCUUUACUGGAAUAAAAACAUCUUAACAUUUUUUUUCCCCUGGCUUUGUUUCCAUGGAUACCAUUCUUCUUUUACUCAACACUAUUCCUUCACCAUCAAAUCAUUCGCUUUAAUUUGAACUUCAGCAGAUCCUUGUGGGCCGUUUACUCUCCUCAUCACCUUCUCUCUCAGCGGGGCCUGCACUCUCAGAGCAGAGGUAAACACAGCUCUGCCAAUUUAGCCUGUAAGCUAACAUCAUUGGAUAUCCUGCUGAAUCGACCAACUACAAAUUGUGAAAAUCUGCCCCGGCACUGCUUGUCUAAAAAAUUUACACACACCCCAGGAGAGUCUUACCGGCUCCUUUAGUGGUUACCAUCAUCAUUCAAUGGCUGCCACAGCAGCUUGGCGCAUAGUCUCGCCCAUGAGAGGCCUUGAAAGCCAGUAAGUACUAUGGAAGCACGUCUUUCCAUCUUCCUCUCGGCCGUCUGAUGUCCUCACUUCCUCUCUCGCUCUCUCUGUCGCCUUUGAUCAAAGCUGUUCGAGGUCACAAAGAGUCUGAUGGACGGAUGUGGCUGUCUUUCUGUGUCUCUGCUCCCUCCAUGUCUUCACUAAAAAGCUGACAGGCUCUUAUUGAUCUCUGAUGUUCAGAGGAUCUUUCUUUAUGAACACUGGCUUGUCAGAGGGCAUAGUCCCACAGUUUGACAUGCAACGCUCACUUUUGAGAGCGAUUCUCCUGGGACGGAUUUCAGUGUCUGGACUUCUGCAUAAUAAGAGAUAGCUUUAUGCGUACGUUUUAAACACUUGCAUCUACAUAUAGUGCUAAAACUACUGAGUAAAAUUUCUCAGUAAGCGCACACUAGCAUCCUGUUACUAUCUGUAGUUUUUAAUUGAAGGGGCCAAGCUGACUGGCAUCCUCUGUUCUUAAAGGGAUACUCUGGCGUAAAAUUAAUGUAGGGUCAAACACACUGUAACACCAAGUUAGACACCCCAUCGAGAGAUGAAUGUUGCCGACCGCUUGCUUCUCUAGUUACACCAACUUUAGCAAUACACAGCGGUCUGAGAAGCAAUAAACAAACCCCAACCAAAACGCAACUUUAUAGCCACAAAUAAUGCUCAGAACAGCACCUAACUUCAUCAACAGUACAUAUAGGGUCUCAGCCAUAGAACUAGCCAACAAACAUCUUUUUAGCUUUGCCUAAUUUUUUUCGCAAAGAGUCUAAACACAACUCACCUACUCUCUUCCAGCAGCUGCUUGUUUGUAGCGAGACGUCAGGCCAGUCCAUUACUGCUGCGGGGUGACGCAGCUCAAGGAAGAAAAUUUAUGAUAAUUUCCUUGAAGUAAUAAUCACCAUAUCAAUCAUUUUGCACUGCAGACAUGGUAGAUCUUCUGCCUUAUCGUCUCAGUCUGAUUGCAUUUCCAUGAAGUAAUCAUCAUAAAUGUUCUUCCUUGAGCUGCGUCACCCCGCUGUAGUCCGUAAUGGACUGGCCUGAGGUCUCGCUAUAAACAAGCGGCUGCUAGAAGUGAGUAGAUGAGUUGUGUUUGGUCUCUUUGCUAAAUAAAUUAGGCAAAGUUAAAAAGAUGUAUCCCUUUAACACACUUACUACUGACAUGUAAAUUUUGCAACCUCACUUCAAAAAUACUUAAAUGUCCCUUUAAGGUCAAGAGUUUUGUUUAAUGGGGCACUCAAGUGCUCUUGGUGAAUUAGAAAGGAAUUCAGUGGAGUGAAAGAAUGAGUCUUUGCAUGCCUCAAUGUCGCUGAGUACAUCAUCAAAUGAGCAGAUUAGAUCUGUAGCUCCUCUAAUCCCCCUGUGUGUGUUAAAUGUGCUAAAUGAGCCCCCCUGCUGAGCCCCGCUGAUUCACAUCGUUUGGAUUUCCUCAGAUGGGCUAAAAACUCAUCAGCCUCCUUCCUCGGAAACCCACCGCCUCUCUCUGUCUGUACUGUUCCUCAAAAGCAGAAUAGAGAUGUGGAGGUUAAAAAUGUGGGGUUGACGGUCAGAGAGCUGACGCAUGAGUCAUGUCAUAUUGAAUAUCAGAUAUCAGUUACCAUGGAUACAUUAACAGCUCUUCAAAACCUAAACAAAAUCACUUUUUAGAUAAUUUGAUUGACACUGCAUAGCUAUCAUACCAAGAUGGCACUACAACAGGACUAAUCAGUACUCAGAGUCCCAUAUGGUCUAGCGGUAAGGAUUCCUGGUUUUCACCCAGGCGGCCCGGGUUCGACUCCCGGUAUGGGAACUGCUCUUUACUGACAGUCUCUUGAAGGUGCACACAUACUUGGCCAAUAAAACUGAUUCCCCUGAUUCUGAUUAAAACAUCUAUGUGAAUGCUUGCAUGGGGCCUUUUCCCCCUCUGAUUCAUCAGCGGUGUCCUCUCUCUGCACUCUGAACAGCUUCAUUAUGGGGCCUCAGUUCUCUGUGGAAAAGAACAAAACCCAUUUAUUGUCGUCUUUUACUGCCUAGGAUUAACAUAAUUGUAGUGAAGCAGAUCGUUUGUUGUACAGUUCAUGAGUUACACUUCCUGUACAAACUCAAAGCAUGGCUUCAUUUCCAUUUUAGUCAAGUCAAAUGGAUGUUCGUGCUCGAAGGAAUUCCCUUAGCAUCAAGCAAAGGGCUUCAGUAAAAGAAAAGAAAGAUUAGAGGUAAAGUGAAGGAACAUGUCCUCUGAUUGGGACAGCUCAAUACACCCUUCUCCCUUCUUCCUAUCAUACCUUUUUUCUGUUGCUACCUGGGAUUUGACAGCUCAACCCUGCAGACUGUUUCAGAUUACAAGCUGCUGUUAACAGCUGCACAGGGAGCCAGUCUUCAGUUUGUGUAAGGGGAAUAAGAAUCUGUGUACAACAGAGAUGUUUUCACAGCCAGCCUCCAGUGGCAUCAUUACCACAUCUCCACGCCGAUUCUUCUUGCAGCCUGUAAAGGUUCUGUUCACACUUCAGGACAAGAGAGGGACCUCUGGAUUGAAUCAGUGUGUGAUGUGACACUUCAGGUGUUUGGCCUACUUCUUUGCUCAUUGGUAUUCUGGUUUCAGAUUUGGGAGCAUGACUCAUUCAUGUCAGUGAUAAAUCAUCCACCUCCUGAAUAUUCAUGUUUUCUCUCUGUAUCCAGAGCAGCAACACUUUUAUCUCGCACAUUAUCACACCGCACAUGAGCGAAAUGAAAGGAGCAAAUUCCAAAAGGACUGAACAUUGGCUCUGCAGACAGCCCUUCUUUUUUGAAGCAUUAGUUUUGAAGAAGUUUCUGUAACAAGCACAUCUUCACUGAGACUGACUGACCAAACGGAUACUGAAAUGAUAUUCUCAACUUGGUUUAUGCACCCUGUUAGAAAAAAAAAAACAGCUGUUGAUAAACCUCAUAGUUGAAUGUGGUUUAUGUAUCAUGUUUCAUACAUUACUCUCUCUUGAUUAUUUCACAUCUUAACAUAACGUCGACUGCACUUCCUGUAAAGAUAAACCUAAAAGUCAAUUAGCUGAGAUUUAAUUUUUCUUACUGCGCAUUCGAGCUCCCAAAUCUAAUUAAAACUAUCAAUGCAUGUGGAGUAAUGACCUCUCAAGAGCGCUUGUAUCUAUUCUAUGAGGAGUCACUGUUCAUAACAAUUAACUUCAGGGGGUGAUGGGACGUGAGUAAUGUGUGUAGGUGUGAGGUUAUAGUCGAACGAUAAAGAAUAGGAGGAAGAGAAGAGGACACAGUGCAGACACUAAGUAUGUAAGGUAAAGACUUAGAAAUGACUGCUCAACAUUCAGCCCCACAUUCAGUCAUUUUUUAACAUCAUACAAGAACUAUGCAGCUGUGUCUGGGUCUUUCAGGCAGGAUCACAGCCCACUGCAGACCUCUGUCUCACACUGUCCUGACCAGAGACGGAGGAGGUCCUAACCCUAACACUGCCACUGACGCACUUGUCUGUGGAGUCACGACAUAAAGACGUCUAUGCUGUUCUCCUCUGCUCUCCGACCAGGUUAACAGCCUUGCAUAUCCACUUUUACCCCUGCUAUGUUUCUGCUUUUCCUUUUUUUUUUAUAGCAUUUGCAUUGAGCCUGCCAAGCUGCCAGAGUGACUUGGCUGGAAUCUAAGAGGAACUGAAGUGUUUCCCCCCUUCAGUCAUUUGGCUGAGGACUCAAAAUUAUAGUCUGUAUAUGAAGCUCUUUCUGAGGUGCAUCAAGAGCAUACAUGCCCACCAGGUGCUUCUGUUGAGUGUUUUUAUCUAGUUUUUGCGAUGCGGACUGUUGACAUUUGAGAGGACCUGUUUUCGCAAUUUAGAGCGAAACUUUCAGAUACAGUUGAUCGGCUAGAAGCAGAUGAGUGCAGAUUUUAUGAGACUGAAACGUGGCUGUAAAUGGUGAUUGGAAGUUGAUUUUCACACUGUUGGUCACUAUUACAGAAUACAAGAAACAUAUACUAGCAUAUCUGUGUGUGUGUAUUCCUUAUUAAACCCUGAUCAUCUAUGAAGUCUAGUUUGUUGGUAUGAAGAACCUUUUUCUCUGUUUUCCUGGUAAAACCUAAGCUGCCCUCAGGAAUAGAUUAUCCUUGUUUUUGUCUCUCUUUAGGCAGAUAGGCGGGAGCUUUAAUGAGGAAGUAUUAUGAGGCAGGUGCAGCACUAAAGGAAACCGGAGUCAGUGCUGAGAUUUAAUGAGGAGCUGUCUUUAUAGAGAGGAAGGUGAAGCAUGGCUGGAGGAAUACAGUAUAAAGCUCACAGGAUGGAGGAGGAAAAAUACUCAUUAAGUUAAUAGUGUGUGCUAAAGAAAGCAACUUCUCACCUUGAAAACAGUCUGAAUUUAGUCUCUCAAGACUCUCCAGGGCUCUCAGGUGUUCUCGAGCACUCUACAUCGUCUUCUCUGCUCUGCUUUCUGUUGUUUUAGUAUUCCUCCAAAAGUUGCUUGUAAGUAUAAAUUUGGUCAUGAUAGAAAGCCACAGUUGUUUCUCUUCCCUAAGAUGAAGGCGUCAGAAAACAGUUGGAAGUUUUUAUAUUUGUAGAACAACAACAGGCGGUGUUUGUGCUCACCCCUGUACUGCCCAUUGUAAAUGGUAGCAGUACGAGUACAAGGAUUUAUGUCAGGAAUUUGCUCUUGAAACCCCCUGCUGUGUGGCCAUUACUCUCCUGCUGUGCUGUGAAGGUCCCGGCUAAAUUGGCCAUAAAGUUCCAGAUUUCUAUUAACAUGCGGAUAAGUGAGGAUGGCUUUACUCCCUAACCUCUCCCCUCCUCACAGCAUAUAAAAAGCAGCGUGUUAAAUCGUAUCAAAAUGUUGAUCUUCUGCACAGAUCUGCUUAUAUCUUAAUCAUUUUGUGUUUGAUUUGAAAUGGAAAGACAACCACAAACUUAAACCGGGUUCAGCUUUCACCUAAGAAGUACCAGCAGUGAGUCAGCCCAGCCUCCUGCUUCACUCCUCCACCCAUUUGAGGGGUAACACCAUCCAUCCAGACACCUGCUCUCCCAUAGCCUAUUUUCAGCUGACCUCAAAGUACAUCUAAUGUUCUGAGCAUGCCCAGUCAGUCUCUUGAUCCCUCCAAACGUGCCAGGGUCAAACCAUCAAGCCAACCAGGUGCGAUCAGUAACAGCCACUUGGCCUUUCAACCCAGUCACAUCCAGCCUGUACCAGAGCAGGAUGGACAGUCCUAACAUGCUGCAAAUGCUGUGGACAAUCAGGGAGGAGCAGUACAAAUACAAAUACAACAACUCAAGGUUUCCUAAAGGUAACCAUGACGGUUUCACUCUUCAAAGGUGGAAGUUUUAUUCCAGAUAUGAAACCUCUCUUUAACUCAAAGCAGAUCUGAUGUAGAAUCCAACCAGGGAGCUGUUAGAUAUUGAAUCAAUGCACUUUAAGCUCUCUUUUCAUUUUGACCUCCCUUUAUGUGAGGCCGUGCUGGAAUGAAACAUAAAGUCCCCUCCCUGUGCCCUCAGUCUGUGUACCAGAGCAGUUUCAGAUGCCAACAGUCAUAAACAACAAACACUUAAGCAAAGGGGCUGAGAAGUACAAGCAAAAAACCCUCAAUUCAAAGCUGCUCCAAGGUCACAGAGAACAAAGAUGCACCUUAAACAACCUCUGACACAGCUGCAGUGAGGUGAACUCUUAAAAAAGAAGAAUACGCUGUUCUAACCCAGAAUGUCUGAGCUAAAGCAGCACUGCUGUUUGUUGGAAAGAGGUGUCGGUCUCUGCCUUCACUUUUCUCUCUCAGGUGUUUGAAGACGUGUUGAUUCUCGGUGUUUGUAAAAGUGUGACUCAUGCCUGAGUCUGUGAGCUGGUAUAUGUGUUCGGUUUAACCUUGAGCUGAUGAUGCGGGGCGCCAGAAACAGAUGAGAAGCAAUUCCCUGACCAAUUUUCACUUCAGAUGAUUGAUUGAUUUCUUUUGCACUGAGUGAAUAUGAACAUGUAUCUUGCAGGAGCAAUUUGAGGCUGUGAAGACGCAGAAAGAGAGAAAUGGACAGAGGUGAGACUGACGCAUGGAGUUGAAGCAGCUAAAAGGGGGCAAGUCUGCAGCAGCGAUCCAGAGGGAGCUACGGCAUGAUGGAGCUCAGGGACUCCAAGAAAAGACUAUGUUUUAGUGAUUCUAAUGAAACAUGAAGAUUCAGAGUAGGGCUGGGCGAUAUGGCCUCAAAUCAAUAUCACGAUAUCCCACAUUAACUUUGUCUAGUUCAGCCAUCGCUCCAGCCGCUAUAACUUUUGAACCGUCCUCCAUCUCUUCACCUGUCUGUCCCUCUUUGUUGUGGGCUGGAUGGGGUGGAGUCACAUCUCUGAUGUAGGACAGCGUCUUAAAGAGAUAUUCCGGCAUAAAAUUAAUUUAGGAUCAAACACACCAUAACACAGAGUUAGACACCCCCUUGAGAGAUGAAUAUUGCCGACCACUUGCUUCUCUAGUUAUACCAACUUUAGUAAAGACCGCACGAUAGCAAUACACAGCAGUCUGAGGUGCCAUAAACAAACCUCAACCAAAACGCCACUCUAUAGCCACAAAUAAUGCCCAGAACAGCACCUAACUUAAUCAACAGUACAUAUAGGGUCCCAGCUAUAGCACUAGCCACCAAACAUCUUCUUAACUUUGCCUAAUUUCUUUCGCAAGAGACUAAACACAACUCACCUAUUCUCUUCCAGCAGCCGCUUGUUUGUAGGCCAAUCCAUUACGGACCACAGCGGGGUGACGCAGCUCAAGGAAGAACAUUAAUGAUCAUUACUUUAUCAUUUCCUUGCUGUAAUAAUCACCAUAUUAAUCAUUUUGUACUGCAGAUGCGGUAGUUCUUCUACCUUAGUGUCUCGGUCUGAUUGCAUUUCCAUGAAGAAAUGCUCUAUUCAUCUCUAGAGGGGGUGUCUGACUCUGUGUUGCAGUGUGUUUGACCCUAAAUUAAUUUUACGCCGGAAUAUCCCUUUAAAGGGACAUGAGACCAUAGCCCACCUACACACAUCCAAAACUAACCUUUAUUUAUUUACUAAUUUUUGAUACAGAAUAUACCGAUAUGGGCAAAAUGACAUUGGUCGUAAAUUUUUGUAUCUGUAAUUUUUCGGUUUAUCGCCCAGCCCUAAUUUAGAGUUAAUGACACAAACAGAAAGCGGAUGGAGAAGGAGGGAAAGAUGCUCAAUGUGCCAGUCUAUUGCAGCAUAAUUCAGAGCUGGCCCAGGCCUGAACCACAUUCAUUAACCCCCACCCCAUCUCUCCUUCCCUUAGUUGAGUUCAGAAGAUUUACAUCCUCCUUGUAAACUAAACAGAAUCAUGUUUUUCAACACUACAUAUACAAUCCUAAUGGCCUUGUAAGAAUUGUAGGUUUUUGUUUUGUAGAUGUAUCAAUGUGCCGACUGGGAUCAGCAGCUGCAUAAUCAGCAGUGGUAAAUUAUUCAGAGUCAUUGGAGUGUCAUGCUGGCUGCUUAUAUUAAAGCUGCACACACCAGAAUCAGCUAAAGCAGAGCUCCUGUUUAAAGGCUUAUCUUUGAUUAAAAAACCUGAAUGGAUUUUAAGUAACAUUUCAUGGGAGCUGACAUGGACUUCACAAGAGCUGGGGAUGUUUUAAAUGAUUAAUGAACACAGAAUUUAUUCCCAUCAUUGUGGACUUGAAGUGUGCAGGUAAUUCCCUCGGCAUGGGUUUCAUUUCGGAGCAGCAGAGAUGUAGUCGAAUAUCCUCUUGAUUCUCUCUAAUGAAUGACUUCCUCUGAGCUGUCUUCAGUAUUUUAAGUUGAGGUCCAGCAGUGCAAAUAAAUUAAGGAGGGUAGAGUCAGUGUGAGUUAGUGUAGGUGUUUAUAAGCAGAGGAAGGAAAGAUGCUCGCCCUCUUCUCUCUUUUGUUAUCAUAUUUUAAAGGAGAUGAGCCCCUCCUGAAGCCCCAUACAUUAUAUCCUGUCCACAGUUAAGACAGGGACAAAGAAUCGCUCAUUGAGAUUAAUCAUUCCUCAUCCAUCUCCUCCAUGUAGAACACCACCUUCAUUAAUCACCAGGAUUUUCAAGAUACAGCUCAGUAGCAGUACAGAGGCAGGACCAUGGAGCCCGAAAGCCUCGGCUCUUGAACUGCAGAGCUCCCUGCCACGCUAUAGGAGGCUCUCUCCUCCCCCUGUCUUCCUCACUGCAAUUGUCUGUCAGAUUCUUCCUCUCCAGUACUUCGCUGAGCAUCCACUCCAGACCCCCCACUGUGCUUACAUCUACCUGCCAUCCAUACCCACAUCUUUCCUGUUUUAUCUUUUUUCUUUGUCUCCUUCUUUCUCAUCCUUUACAUCUUCCUUUUUCUCUGAACUCACCCCCUCUUUAAUGCUCCACUGUUUUUUCCACCUUCCUGGUUUCUUUACACAACUGAUGCUAAAGUUAGGAAGUUGCCUAAAGGCUUGUUUUUAAGACCUUCUAGUUUAUGAAGUGACAGAAGAUUUCAGUCAACAUGUUUGAAGCCAAACAGAAAUAUUUAGGCCUCAUCACACAAAAGAUUUUCAUCAUUUUAAAUUACUUAGAUUUAACAAUAAUCUUUAUGUGCUGCAUAUUUGUCAGUCAAAUGUAAAUGAAACAACUAAGAAUAAGAUUUAUGUAAUAAUACCUAUAAAUCCAAUAUGUUUAGAAUAGAUAAUGAAAAUUUAUGUAUUCAUCAUAGAUAAUUCCAAUUUGUUUCUGCCUCAUAAAUUUUAACUAAAUUAAUCUUGAUUGAUCCACAGCUCAUCAUAUUUAACUGAUGUUCAUACAUUUUAAUGGAUUAAAUUGAAUUGUUUUCAGAAUAACUGAUUUAUGCUGAUUUUUAAAAAAAUGAAUAAAUAAAUUCUAAAAAUAUUAACAAUUUUAAUUAAAUCUAACAGAUGCAAAAACUUAUAAAUAUACCAUGCCUUGAUUCAUUUUUCUGAGUGUGCAAGAACUCAAAGUAUUUAUGUACAGUAUGUUCUGUGAGGAACUUGCGGUUUGGCGCCCCCUGUGGACAAAACAAACUGUGCUUUUCUUGUCCUCUAUAAAUACAAUUUCAUCUUGCUGACUUUUGACGUUUCUAUUUAUUAUUUAUUGUGGAUAUUUUAUGUGGAAAUUGUAAAAACAUCUUGUUUGCUUUUGUUUAUCAUUACAGGGCAUCAACAUGAAUUUACAUUUAUUUUGGAGAAAAAAAAACUCCUUAUAGGAGCUUUAAAUUUUAAAAUCUAUUUUUUUACCUUUUUUUUUUAAAAGAAGUUUCAUUUCCCACAUCUGCCUUGAAAUUAAGAGUAAAGCAGCAGAUGUCAGCAGGAAGCAGUCAAUGAAGGAUGUUUCUCUCUAAUGAAAAGUGUAAUUGACACAGAGAAGAGGACUCAGUUGUCCAAAACAGGAGCAGAUGUGCUGCAAAAAAAUCCAGAAGUUAAGAGGUAUUAGCUCAUUACUGUUCACAUUUGUUUGUUUUAUUUUGUCCUUAAAACUUUUAAACGCAUGCAGAGAAUCUAAUAAAUACUAAUGACAGGAUAUUAAAUCCUAAUGACGGGACAUUAGCCUGGAUUUAGUCUCUUUCAAACUCAUUAUUCCAGAGUUUUCAGCGAAGAGCGGCUGAGUAUGUUUGGAUGUUUAAUUCCUCUGUGACUGAGAAGUUUGAAUGGUUUGAAUCCGGGCUGUAAACUCUGUGAGCUUUUUAAACCAGGCAGUAAAAUAAACAGAUAGUGACUGUUUCACAACAGCUGUGAAUAAUUUUAUUAUAUUCUUACAGCAGCAGAUGCUGAGCAAAAUUAAUUGUGUUACUACUGUAGCCACUCUGGAGAGAUUGAUUAUGGUGAGUUUUUUGCCUCUCCCGCUCUGUUUCUCUGUAGUCGGGGUAAACAGGUGGUGCGCACUGUGGUUGAUUGGAGGUGAGAGCCUCUGGAGAUUCACUAAAGCUAACUCCAACUGUGAGUUCACUAUUUACAGUCCAUGCCCGCACAAGAACAAGAAAGCUGGCAGGCUGACAGGCAGAAGUGGAACGUGGUCAGAGAAAUAAAUGGUGAAACUCGAGGCAAACUUCUCAUGUCAGUGUACUCACGCUACUGCUGUUCAUUUUGUCCUGAUAUAACAGACAUGUUGUGAAUAACCAGGCCUGCUAUUGUGGUUUUUCCUCCUCUUCUGUAUUCAGCAUGUUUAAAACCAGCUCUCUUUCUUCCUGCUCAUUAAUUCUGUGAUUUUUUUCUGUAUUAUUUCAUCUGAAUGGAUUCAGAGCUGAGCUGCCAGUGUCAGUCAGGAGAAAAAAGACAUUGAAUGAGAGUUUAUUUGUGUCAAAUAGACGGCUGCAUGUUUUUCUGGGUAAAUUAAAUUCUUGUUUGGACCUAACAUGAACUCGUAACUCUGUCAAGAUGAUGACGCUCAACUCCUUAAUUUUAGCACCAAUGGAUACCUUGUGCCAUAUCGCCUUCAGUCUCUGUUAAACCUUAUUUAUUUUAAUCAUCUGACUCCCUCUAUUUGAAUCUUAUAGUACCAGUCUUGGUAGAUCAACAGAGCUCUUUCUUGCGGCUGCUGAAUAAGUCGCUCAACCUCCCGCUGGUUUCCCCGCUCAGCUUCCCGUCAUGGUGCCUCAUCGAGUCGCAGCGAAACAAGAACCUCCGACCCAACACCAGGCCUGACAUGGGGCUGUUACACCAAAUUAUACUGUUCAUUGUGCUCCAGCAAACAAUUAGUCCCCCUCGUGUUUUCUCAGACUUUAAAUUGAAGGCGGGGGAUUGAUAGGAGUGUAAUUCUUGAGUGAGAGAAAAGAAGCAGGUGUUUGGAUUCGAGGAUAAGCACUUGUAUUCUCAUCAAAGGUUAAGUGUUUGCUGGAUUGAGCAUUGGUGAGAAGCCAAUGAAUUCAGGUAGAGUAUGAAUAAUGCAUUAAGAGCGCCUCUUUAAGAACAGAGGUCAAACAUGCUUCAUGUUUGAUUCAAGAAUAUCUUCAUUAAAAUAAGAACAAGUCUUGUGUUAUCCACAAGCACGCUUUGGGUUUGCAUAAGUCUCAGAGCAGUAUGGAAUCUAUGAAUUAUGACUUAUAUACUUAGAUUUACAUUUAUACCAAAUUUUAUACCUGCUUUACAGUAACUAAACUACAUUAGUCCAAAAGGGUUCAGUUGUUCAGACUCUACAAUGCACUAAUACACCUUCUAUCAAGACCAUAAGCGUCCCUCUUUUUUACCUUGACAUGUUUCGGCUGCAAAGAUCUUGCUGUAUCAAAUCUUUUUAAAGAUUUUAAGAAAGCCUUUAUUUUUAUCAUGAAAUGCACACCAAAAUUCAAAAAAGAUAAGGUGCACAAAUGCUCAGACAUGCACCACUCAACUUAAAUGAAAGUGCACAAAAAAUUGGCACCAUAUUGCACAUGGUAUCUGUGUUACUAUCAGUCCCAAGGAAAGACACUAGCUGUAGCUACAGUGCCUCGAGGAAGGUUUUCCUCUUUGCGUUCAGUCAUGCUGCCUCAACUUUGAAGCUCACCAGAGAGCUGCUUAUCAGCUGCUGAACUCACCACUUGCUCCUCUUGAAUGUGAAUGUAUUGAGGAAGGGCAGGGAGAACAUACAGAGGAGCCACAGAGCCUUUUCUCUUCCAGGACUGCUCAUCUCCAUGACAGCUCUGCUCUGAAUAAAGAAAAGAGACUCGGAGUCCUUUUUGACCUCGAUAACAGCAGAGCAGCUGCCGGAGAGGCUGAAGUGACUUUAAAGGGAUCUGAAGCGCCCAUGCUGGUCAAACCUGUCCAUCAGAGUGUCACACCUUUUCCCUUAUCUGACACUGAGUCAUAUUAUUUAUGCUUUCAGAAUGGAUCCCUACAGUGGAGCCUGCAGAGGUCUGACUGACCCUCAGUUUAUUAUUUCAUAGCUACUAUAUCUCUGCACCAUACUGAUAUAAAAAGCUCCUGAGUAUUAGAACAGCUCUUACUCACACUUUCAUGUCAUUUGUUUUACCCUGUGUGUCAGCCCAGCACUUUAAUGUAUGUGAGUCACAGAGUGUUAUGACUGUGAGCAGGUUGAGAGUCUGUGUUAAAGCCUUUUACAGUGUGAACACAGCUGCUGAGACCCGAGUGCUCUGCUGCAGGCCUGUUUCAGCGAGGAGUCUCUUCUAGUGACACAGUCUGAAUAAAUGCACAAAAGAUGUGAAAGUGUAAAAGAAAGUCUUGCACCUAUUUAUAACAGCAGACGAGUGUAAUACAGUUCAUCUUAUUCUUCACUUUUGCUUUAUGCCCUGCAUGUUAAAAGAAAUUCCUCCCAACUCCAAAGUCCAAAUCAAGUGGGUUUAACACUGAUCAUACAUUUGUUUGGUGAACUGCACGUCUUCAUCAGCAGUACAGUUUUGGUGCUCUGUAUAGAAUUGUAAUCCUCCAAAUGUCUUCAAAAUCUAAGUAAAACUACAUUCUUGUAAAAAGGGUCAGAAGAGCUCCUGCUCCUGCAUUGUCGAUGUAUUCUCUUUUAUAAUCAUGUGAUAUUUGUGGUUGUAAUCUGUUGCUGUAUUCAUCCUUAAAGUUAAGCAGACUGUAAAUUAACUGUAGAUUAAGCAACAACAUGUGGGUUGUUUGUUUACUAAUCCAAUGCAGCUCUCAUCCUCUGCUGCUCCUUUCAAGAAAAACUUCUACCUCCUUCAUUUUUCCACUUUCAUUUCACUCACUGUCGUUUUCUGCAUCUACUGUUCCGCUCCUCCUUCCUUCUCUGAUGCAUGCACAUAUAUCAGGUUAAAAAAAGGGGGAGAUAAAAUCUUUCCAGCUUUGUGUCAGCCUUUGAAAGAACUUGAAAAGAGAAAAAAGAAAAAACUAUCAUAGAAUAACAUGAGAAGAAUGUCAUAGUAUAGUAUGAUAAAAAUAUCAUGAAAUAGUAUGAUAAAGAUAUAGUGGAGUAUGUAAAAAACUUCAUAACAUAUUUUUGUAUGAAAGAAAGGACACAGUAUAGUAUGAUAAGAAUGUCAAAGUAUAGUAUGUUCAAAACUUCAUAUUUUAGUGUGAAAAAAAAAUCCUAUUAUAGCAUGAAAAAAAAUGUCAAAGUAUAGUAUAUUCAUAUUUUAUUAUAAAAAAGUCAUAGUAUAGUAUGAUUAAAAUUUCAUAAAGUGUGAAAAAUGAAAAUUCAUAUUUCAGUUUGGAAAUAAAUGUGAAAAAGUUCACACUUAAGCAUGAAAAAAUCUCAUAGUAUAGUAUGAUUGAAAUUUCAUAUUUAAAAUGUGAAUAAAAAAUUGUAUUUCAGAACAAAAAUUAAUGUCAUAGUAUAGUAUGAUAAAAAUGCCAUAGUAUAGUAUGUUUAAAACUACAUAUUUAAGUGUAAAAAAUAAAAAUAAAAAUUUUUAGUAUGAAAAUAAAUGUCAUAGUAUGGUAUGAUAAAAACCUCACAUUACAGUAUAAAAAAUAUGUUUGUAUGAUUAAAUUUUUAUAUUUUUUGUGAAAAAAAAUCAUAUUUUAGUAUGGAGAUAAAUCUCAUUGUAUUGCACAAUAAAAAUUUCAUACUUAAGGGGAAAAAUAGGAUUUAGUAUGAUAACUAAUGUUGCGGUAUACUGUGGGAAAAAUGUGCUUUAGUGUGAAAAAAAAUCCACAUCCACAACAAAAUCCAAAAAAAUGUCAUAGUAUGGUAUGAUAGAAAUUUCAUAAACAAGUGUGAAAAAUAAAAAUUCUUUUUUUUCGUAUGAAAAUAAAUGUCAUAGUAUAGUAUGAUAAAAAAUUCAUAGUAUAGUAUGUUCAAAACUACGUAUUGUGUGUAUUGUGUGAAAAAAAAUUCAUAUCUUAGUAUGAAAAAAAAGUCAUAGAAAAGUAUGAUAGAAAAUUCAUAGUUUGGUAUGUAAAAAACAUCAUAAUAUAGUAUGAAAACAAAUGAAAUUAGUUAAGUAUGAUUGAAAUUUCAAAAAAAAAUUCAAAAUUCAAAAAAAAAAUUCAAAAAAUUUCAAAAAAUCGUAUUUCGAUAUAAAAAUAAAUCUUAUAGUGUUGCAUGAUAAAAAAAUUUCAUACUUUAGGGGGAAAAAAUCGUAUUUAAGUAUGAAAAUAAAUGUCAUAUUAUACUAUGGGAAAAUGUCAUAGUAUAGUAUGAACUAAAUUUAAUACUUUGGUAUUAUGAAAAAUGUCAUAGUAUAGUGUGUUUAAAAUUUUAUAUUAAAGUGUUUAAAAAAUCUAAAUUUUUUGCAUGAAAAAAAUGCCAUAGUGUAGUAUGAUAAAAAUGUCAUAUUUUUGUGUGAUAAAAAAAAAUCGUAUUUCAGUAUAAAAAUAAAUGUCAAAUAUAGUAUAUCAAAAAUGACAUAGUAUGGUAUGAAAAUUUUAAGGGGAAAAUUUGUAUUUAAGUAUAAAAAAUAAAUGUCAUAAUAUAUUAUAAUAAAAAUGCCAGAGUAGAUUAUGUUCAAAAUUUCGUAUUUCAGUUUUUAAAAAAAUGUGACAGUAUAUUAUGAUAAAAAUUUCAUAUUUUAGUAUUAAAAAAGUCAUAUUUAAGUGUGAAAAAAAUCGUAUUUUGAAUGAAAAUAAAUGUCAAGUAAAGUAUGAUAAAAAUGUCAUAGUAAAGUAUGAUCAAAAUUUCAUAUUAAAGUAAUAUUAAAAAAUGUAAUAGUAUAGUAUGACAUUUGUUUAUGCUCAAAUGUGAAAAAAUGUCAUAGUUUGUGUGAACAAAAAUUUCAUGUGUGUGAAGAAAAGUUUUUUAUUUCAGAACGAAAAUAAAUGUCUAUGGACAAUAAACUAUGGAAAAAUGUCAUAGUAUACUAUGAUCAAAAUUUCACACUUCAGUAUUAUUAAAAUUGUCAUAGUAUGGUAUGAUAAAAUUUGAUAUUUAAGUGUGGAAAAAAAAUGUGUAUUUUAGUAUAAAAAUAAAUGUCAUAAAGUAUAAUAUGAUAAAAACGUCAUAUAAUAGAUUGUUCAAAACUUCACAUUUGAGUGUAAAAAAAUUCUCAUUUUAGCAUGAAAAUAGUAUGACAAAAAUUUUAUAUUAAAGUUAAAAAAAUUGUAUUUCAGUACUUAAAUAAAUGUCAAAGUAUAGUAUGUUAAAAGUGUUAUAGUAUAGUAUGAUAAAAAUUUAAUAUUUUAAGAAGAAAAUUUGUAUUUUUGUAUGAAAAAAAAUCAUAGUACAGUAUGAUCAAAAUCUGAAACUUAAGUAUUAUAAAAAUUGUCAAAGUAUAGUAUGAUGAAAAAAUUUACAUUUUAGCAUGAAAAAAGUGUCAGUAAAGAAUGAUUAAAAUGUCAUAUUUAAGUAUGAAAAAAAUCACAUUUUAGUAUGAAAAAAGUCAUAGUUUAGUACAAUCAAAAUUUGAUAUUUAAGUGUGAAAAAUAAAAAUUUGUAUUUCAGUAUGAAAAUAAAUGUCAUAGUAUAGUAUGUUAAAAUGACUGCAAAUGACUAUUAGAGAUCUGAUCACUGCUGAAAGUGCCCAAUCACAACAGGAUUUUUGGACCUUCUGAAUCCAGCAAAUUUCCUCUGGCUGUGAUUCUUUUCCCUCUCUGAGUUGACUAAUUACAGUGUCUGCGUGGUAUUAUGAGCCUCAUAACACCUUACAUUUUAGCACAAGUUAAUUUUCUGCUCCACUGGAUAAAGAUAAUUGCCUUAAAAAAUGGCACUUUAUGGAGGGAUCGGUUUACUAGCCAGCACUGUUAUCAAACCAGUUUUACCUGUAAACAAACAUUGAAAAGGGGGCGGGGUUUGUGUGUCUGUGUGUGUGUGUGUGUGGGGAUGUUGGUUAGUACAUUUACAUCUUAAAUGUAGGGGAGGUUUGAAAGAAGCUUUAAAAAGACUCAUGCAUCUCCCAUCACUCAUCCUUGACCCAGUACUUUCUCUUUGUUUCCAGCACUUUAAGUAUACUCUAUCACAGACCAUUUUCAGCGUUUGGUAUCUAAAUAUAUUCCCUAUCCUACACCCUCAUUAUACAAACUGAAGUGUGUGUUGAUUCCCUGCAGGUUUUUGGCUCCGCACAACUGAAUUACAUAAAUGCAUAAAUGCUGUGGGGCUGAAUACAUUCAUGAGGCAUUAAACUCUAAGGGUUUAGUAAAUGAGAAAUAUAUGUAGAAUUCCUGAUCGAGUUUCGAAUCCUCUAAGUUAUACUUGUGAGAAAGUAUCUGGGCUAAAACCUCUCUCAUUUUGUUUGUUUUCAGCAAGAGACAAACUCGGGGUGUUUACUUGCACUUUAGAGAAUUGAUUUAUUGCAAAAGUCCAACAGAUGAUACCUGGAUAAUGCAGUUGGAGAUCAAUUCUCGCUGGUGAAAGUUUGCUGGGGUCUUGUUUCAUCACAACAUAACUACCUGUUCAACAUGCAUUAUCCUGAUGGCCUCUUAUCCUCCUCAUUUGGAGAGAAAAUUGUCUGUGCAGAGAUAACUUUGAGCCUCUCAUAAUGAAUCCACUGUGUUUCGUGUUGUGUGUGUGUAUCCAUUAGCUACUAAUUAGUUAAUUAGUGUGUGGAUGACGAGCUGAUUAGCUGUCAUUAGACUUUUCAGGGGGAUUAAUUCAUCAGCGUGCAUCUGCAGUUCCGGAGACACGCACAUCACGUUGUUUUGCUCGAAUAAUUGCAAAAGAAUUCAAUUUACUUUUCAUCUUUAACUCUGAAUAACAACAAUUGGGGCAGUUUGAAAAUAUGGUUAUGAACUUUAGGGGCUGGAGAGAGAAGAAGUUGGAUGCUGUUGUUCUGCGGAGGACUGAAGUGAUUUUUUUGAUACUCCUGCUGCUUGUCAGAGAAAUAUCAAGGUAACUCAUCUAAAUCUGCUCAUUAGUGUAAAAUAGAGGGAGUAGAUAACAAUAGAUCACCUCAGCUUUAUUAAGAAAACUUGAUUCUGUGUUUCUGAAGAGUAUAAUCGUAAAGGAAAAAUAACAAAGAUGUCUCGGUUUGAUUUGAAGAGAGAGGUUGAGGAAAUCUGGCCUGAGUUGAAAAAGAGAAAAAAGGAAGGGGUUUAGCCACAGGGUAAAACGAGAGAGGAAUAAGAGGGUCUAAAAGAAGCUUCAGUUCAGUUUUGGCUCUUGUAGCCUAAACCCUGAUUGCUUCUUAUCUACUGUCUUUCCCCUCCCUUUUAAUCACCUGUCAUCCUCCUUUGUCUGGUGUUGCAGAGGUGAUAGUUCUGGUCACAGGGCAUCAGACGAUCAGGGUGACACCAGCCACCUGUUACUCAAACCUUGAGAAUGGUAAGAAGUCCCAGCCGGCAAACCUGCUCUUCUACAACUGAGACUUUUUAGUGUCAUCUCAGCUGAAGACAACAUCUGCUGAUGGCUCAUCCUGGAGGAGUGGAUCUGAAAAACCUUUCAGGAAGUGCGAGGACCGAAGAGAUGCCAAGUGAUCCAGUUUUUUGCAGCAUGAUGUGGUUGAUUGAAUAACAUGAGUGUAUUAUGCUGCUUCAGGGUUAUUGGCAUUUUCUGAGCGACCAUAAUCCAAUCCAAUCCAGUCCUCUUUAUUUACAUAGCAAAUUUUAAAACACAUUCAAGUUUAUCAAAGUGCUGCACAGUCAAAUUUAAAGAACAAACACAAAACCAUCAAGAGGAAAUAAAUCAAAGCAGAGGAAACAAAAUAAAUGAAAUAAAAACACAAAAGCAUAAAGGAAAUAAAAGUGAUAAAAGGACCAUAAAAGACAUAAAAAAGAUAGAGAUCAUACAACUCUCAUGCUGAACUAAAAGCGAAACGUGAUUUUUAAAGUAGAAAGAGUGGGUGCAGACUGAUUGAUUUGAGUGUUGAAAACUCACAGCUGUCUUUUGCAGCGCUAGAGCCCUUCAUACUUGUUUGUGAGUGAGAGGGUUUUCUGCUCAGCAUCGACACAUAUUCUCCAUUUGAAGGUCGUCCUCUGUGGCCUCUUUUAUGAUUUUAGUCUAAACUUUUUAUUUGGGUCUCCUCAGACCAGACACUGACGGAACAAUAGUGGCAGAAAACAUGAAAAGUCACUUGUUAGAUUUCUUUUUAAUCAUUUUGCUCCUCAUUUCUUAUUUCUCCUCUAACCUGGCCUGAGGAGAGAGUCCAGCAGAGGAGUUUCCUCAUCCGGCGUGAAUCAAAGCGAUCAAAAGAACAUUACCGGGCAUGUUAGAUCAAGCGGCUCAUUACCUUGCAGCUCGGUUGAUCCCAAAGCUGCACAAUCAUGCCCUCCAAAUGAAACAGUAUAAUUUUAUUUUCCUCAAAAUGCUUCCACACAUGAUGGAGAAUGGAUACACGUUUGAUUCCUCUGUUUCUGUGCCGCUUAAUUUGAGAGCUGACGGUGCAUCAAGAACACUAACGUCUUCAAAGAUGUCAGUUUUCCAUUAUGCGUUUGUAUGUGUUCUUCUCUGAGGCCCGCGCCAACUUGACUCAUACGGGCUCUGAAAACUUUAACCUUCUUUGCCUUUCCAAGUCCUCCUCUGCCCAGUAUUGUCGCGCCAUUGAAGGUUGUGACGGCCAGUGAGAAACAACCCACACGCACAGACGCUGAACUCCUAAUAGUCGGGAAGUUGGUGCUCAGACUGAAGCAAACCAUUUGUAACACGGGGUCAGGAUCGUAUUCACCAGCCUGACCAACUGGUCUCUCAUGCUGUUCGGACAAAUUGUGGGCGAAGUCAAAGGCUUUGUCUCUAAGCAACCCAGGCUUUUAUUUCGUCCUUUUACACAAACAGCCUUGUGACUCAAGAGUCAGAGUUGGGGCGGAUGCUGCAAAGCCCAACGACAAAAUCGGACGAAUCCUUCUCCUUGAUAUGAAACAAACAAGCAGAUUUCUCCAACUGUCAAAGCAUUUCUUUAAAGCUGUGAAAACACAUUUUCCAUAAAAGAUCCUUUAUGAAAUGUGAGAUGACCCCCACUUAAAACGUUGACAAAAUACUGAUUCUCAGGGCAAAACAAUCUGUCAACAUGUUUUACGAUAAAAGGGAAUUGUUAGCUCAAACUGUGGCACGUUGUCGCUGCAGGAAACACCCGGAGCAGCGAGAAACACGAGGUCAAAAAAUGUGUUUGAAUUCAAAUAUUGACAGAGCAGCUGGCAGGAGAGGGAUGAGAGGAAAGUCUUGUCAGAAAUACGCAGACACAUGCUACCUCAUUACCUCAUCCCAUCUCUUUGGGACGCACACAUAUGAAUAAAAUGAGCCGCGAGGUUACUCCGUCUGAGAGUGUGAAUGUGCUGGCAUAUUUUUUCCAUCCUCUUGCUGUUAGCGUGUAGAUGAUCCUGUAUGCGACAGCCAACAUGCUUACAGAUUAUGGGUUUGGAGGCUCCUGCAAGACUUGGCUGGUGAUGAUUUUAACGAGCCAGUUGGGAGUGGUUCUCAACCUCACUCUCUAAUCUCCCUGUUUGUCCCACUCACUCAAACGCUGAACUGAACUUUACAAAGUCUAACAUUUAUUUAUUAAGACAGUGACUCCUCUUUGCCAACACACAAUAGACCCAUAUAUUCUACUUUCAGCUUAUCUACAAAACCAAAUGUCACAGAUGUGGAUCAUCAGUUUAGAUGCUUUUGGGAGACUUCUUAUCAUCCUCCAUCAAAGACUUUAUUCAUGAGCCUCACUGAGGUGAUUAAUUCGUGGCAUCGGCACCUCAGCAAGGCAGCUAUUAGGCUAAUUGAUCACAGAGUCAGGAGAGUCUGCAGAUACAAUAGAGCCACACAAUGAAAGCACAGAGGAGCUGUCUGUGCUGAUUUUUGGAGUUAAUGGCUUCACCUUUAUCUCCUCUUGGAGGUUCAAUUAUCUUGGAUGGAGCUCAUUUUGUGUUUGCAGUUUAAAGGGCUUUUCACCUCUCCCUCUGACCUAACAACCCACUCAUGAUUUAUUUACCCAGAGCUGGGAAAAGCCUGUUACAUUGAGUUAUAACCAAGCGGGGAUUAAGGGGAUCAAAAGUCAAAGGUUACUUUCACUAGCAGCAAUAUAAGUUUGAAUAUUUAAUAUGAUUUCAGGAGUGUGAAUAUCUUGUCUGAUGCGUGUGUGUGGUGAUGGAUAAUGACGUUGGUGAGGAGUGUCGCAUGUCUGGUUGGUCUGGGAGGUUCUGCAGAGGCCCGGCAGUGAGAGACUCAGGAUGGGGGUUCCGUCUCAGGCGUAGCUCUGCCCAAGCUAAGUCUGACCCAGACUAUAUCUGAAAUAAGGUGAGAUCAGAGAAUGGCGAGGUAGAGAGGUAGUAGAAGCGUGUAGAAGAGUGUAGUGGGCUGGCUGUGUAUAAAUACGCUAGUCAGGUGAUUGAAGUUGUGGUGAGGCGUGGUCCUGCUCCUGAACCUUAGUUAGUACAUUAACUUCAUUUAUUUGUACCCUCAGGUAAAUUUUGUUUGAUGUGAAUCACAUGUAUUACAGUAGACGAACAAACAGCACAGUCCAUGCAACAGGGAAUACAUAUAUGCAACAGAACAUACAUAUGGGAGGCAAUAACUGUGACCAAAGUUGCACAAAUGUCCUUUCAAAAGCGGAACAUUUACCCAGAUCAGGCCUGAAAAGCAGUGACUGUUUUUGAGGUGUGAUUUAAAUGAUCAGCUGGCAGGAGGUGGAAGACGGAGACCUCAGUGCUGCUGUUGAUGCAUGAGUAAGAAUGAUGGAGGAUGUGGUUUCCAUUAGUCCACAUAGGUAGGACUGUUAGAGUUCCUCCGCUUUCACCCACAACCCUCCCAAGUAGCAGCAGAAAACCCAAAGCCCAUGACCAGAACUGCAGCUCUGGGUUCAUACGAACGACAUCACAUUAUGAAUCUGGUUCAUGUGAAGAAUCUUCCAUUCAUUCAUAUUUAAUACUGUCCAGUUUCUCUUUUAAAAUCAUAGUGAAUUUCAAAAAGUAAUUAAAUCUUAAAAAUCAGCGUCUGGUUACCCUUGUGCUACCUUCAGAGAGUUUUUUGUUGUUGUUUUCAUGACUCACCAUAAUUUUGAACAAAAUUGCUCCCCAUCCAGCUUCCAGAGUUUGUGCUGAUGCUUCAUACUUGUCCUUCAUGUCACUCAAUUACCUGUGCAAGGCUACCAGGCUGCAUUCAUGUAGAGGGCACACCGCUGUUUCUCGCAUCCUUGUAAUACCUUUUAUCAAACAACAAAGGUCUGAGUGGUUACCAAAGGGAUGGCCUGGAUUUUUGCCCUCGACAGAGAGGACAGCAGGUUUACAGCCUGAGGCACGCUGUUUUCUAUUCCGUAACAAUCUCCAGUUGCACUUUGACGCCCUGUGAUUGGCCGGUUACUGAGAAACCAAGGCAGCGGAGAAAACACUGAGCUUAAUCUACCAUUUUGUUGGCACAGAUGCAUCACUGAUCAUGCGUGAAAUGAAUGCAAAAUCAUCCAUGAUGCUUCUUGCUUCCGUUUAUUGUCCAGACUGCAGAUGAGCUGAACAUCAGUGUUAGUGUCUCUGGAGAUUCCCUCUGCAUCUGUGGGGGUUUGUUCUGGCAGCUUAUCCUUGAUAAUUAAAGGUUAUCCUAUGUGCUGAGCGUACAUUAUGGUACAUGGUUGAGUGGUGAUUUCAGAUUUUCAUGUUGCAUUUUAAAUAACAACAUAUGUUAUUGUUUAUGAUCAGAAACAGAUCACAUAUCUGGUUUAAACAAAUGAGCCUGGAGAGUUGUGCUGGAAUAAUGAAGUGUUGCUGCUCGCUGCCUGAUGACUGCAGGCUGUGCUGCUGAAGGAAAGCGAUGGUGAAGAGUAAGAUAGAGAGGAUGGGUGAUGGGGGAGGUUUUUAGAAAUUACACAGAGUCAACACAGACUUUUGAGAAGUGUAUAGACCAAACAAGCUUGAGGGAAGAGUAAGCAUGUCAAAUUCAAGAAAUGUAUAAAUGUUUCUACUUUAUGGCAAAGACUUGAAAAUCUGGCCGCCCUCACAGAGUCUUUGAAAGGACCUUGAAUAGCACAUUGAUUGAGGAUCAGUGAUGACAUACCUCAACUUUAGACCUGGAGAAGAUGAUACAGCAGAAGUCCUCCUUGGCUACAAUUCUCAUUGUUUGUUUUUCUUACUGUGGAAUUACAACAUCACAUGAAGUGCUACCUUAAAUUUCAAGAAGCAAUGUCUCUAAAAACUCUGUGGUCUGAGACUUUUCCUCAAACUGCAUUUUGCCAAAGUAGGAUGGGAUCAUUUAUCGAUGUAGAAAUUUUAUUAAAUGUGUUAGGGUGAUUUUCGGUAACCCUUUCUUUUACUGUACACUAAUUACCAGCUAAUUACCAGGUAAUUACCUAGUAAUAACAUGAAAUUAUCUGGUAAUUACAUGAUAACUACUAAGUCAAUACUGUCUAGUUUUUCUUUUUUCCAGAAAAUCCUGGAAAUACCAGAGCAAUUCGGCUUUAAGUUUGUAUGACGAUGGAAGGUUACCUACCUGGUAGCUAGACAGUAUUGACUUAGUAGUUAUCAUGUAAUUACCAGAUAAUUUCAUGUUAUUACUAGGUAAGUACCUGUUAAUUACCUGGUGAUAAGUGUACCAUAAAAGAAAGGGUUACCUGAUUUUCUUUAGCCAGUCAUGCCAGCCUUUAGGGUAGUGGAGCUGUGUCACUCAAAUAUCUUGGAUUCUUUGGUGCUAGAUCUCUGGAGCCAUGGGCCUCCAACAACAAUCAUAAAACAAGGACCUUGUACCCAUAUUUAACAUCACAAAAUAUGUUGUGCUUUGUUAUUACCCUACAUGGACUCUCCUUCAGAUCAACAAGAUGCAAGCAGAAUGUUUGGAAACGUGGACGGCUUUAUAUACUUGAACAGUCUCAGACCAAUCUUGAUGAAGCUGUAACCCAGAUUUGCAACCAGUAAAGCUUGUCAAAAUGAUCAUUUGUGUGGACCUUCCAUUUUUUUAAGCUUGAACCUGGGCUAGGCAUCCUUACAAAAUGCUAGUUUGAAGUGUCCCAAUUCGUCACCACAAACUGCCUUCUUUCUUUCUUGACCCACAGACCUUAAGGCCUGGCGUUACUAUGACAACCUCCCAGGCUCUUGGUGUCUCUUACGUGCAACUCUAUUUUGUAAUCUUUAAGCCUAACUCAAUAUUUUGCAUGUUAUCUUUGAGCAGAGGUAAAUAAUAAGAAUAAGAUAAUGUAUCACAAGGCGAUGAUGAUUUAACACUGAAGUGCACAGUGUGUCUGGUCUUUAUUGCUUUUUCAUGACCAAAUGGGAUGUAAAAUAUAAUCGUAGCUGAGGUUAUUCAAAGUACACUCUUGUCCAUUUCAGGAUAAUAAAAAAAAGACACCAGUUGCCUGGCAACCAACAAGGCCUCCAGGGUGUUAAUGAUCCUGAUUUUGAAGUGGUCAGGCACAGUCCCCUCCAAAAAUCUGUAAUUUGUUACACCUCGGUUUUCGCAGUCACUCUUACACCUUUGAGCAUGUAAAGAAAAAUCUCUCCAAGAUUUCCUCUCUUUUUAUAACUUACAAGAACCGAUCCACAGUUUUAUUUAGUAUUGGGCAACAAUACGAGUCCAUCUGAAUAAGAUACACAUUACUCUUUUAUGGGCUUGUGAGUAUCAGGGGCCUUUUACAGUAAUAAAUAGCUUGCUCCAUUAUAUUGCAUAAUGUUGUGGGCAUGGUGUGCUUCAAAGUUCCCUUGAUGAUCUUUCUGUAAACUCAAAUGUAGAAAUGUAUCUUGAUUAUAAAGGAUGGACUUACAGGUGACAGCCUUCUUUGAAAAGAUUUAGACAUUGUGAACCAUUAGGAAGGCAAACCUCUUACAGCUGAUAGUGUAUUAAAACCCUGAGAUUACUUGAUUCUAGUGUCGCUCUCAGGGUCUGAUGGGAACAUUUAAUUCAUACAUUUAUUCCUGCUGGUGUUGCAGUUUGAAAACUUGCCUUACAGGGAUUUUGGUUGUCAUCAUGCCACACACUGUUUUAACACAUGAUGACUCAGAGUAUUUCUCCAGUUGCAUAAAUCUUGUUUGUGUCUUUUAAUACAUCAAGACUUUCCCUUUUGAUAAAGCUUAUACUCUGAGCUAGUUCAGGUUAAUACGAAAGAGGAUUAGAGCUACAUGAAGACAAAAAAAAUAAUUACAGGAAGGAGAUUAAAGUUAAAAUUUCAAGAUGAAGAAAAAAAAUGAAAUUAUGUCAAUAAUGUAGAAAUUCGAGAUUAAGUCAGUAUAAAAUGUAGAAAUGUCGUGAAUAAUGUCGAAAUUUCCAGAUAAAAAAAAACAAAAAUUUUGAGAUUAAAAUCGAAAUUUCAAGAUUAAAGUCUAAAUUUCUGCUUUUUAAAAAUUUCAUCUUUGAUUUCAAAGUUUCAAUUUUAAUCUUGAAAUGGACAUUUAAAAAAAAUAUCCCUCCUGUAAUUAUUUGUUUCUCUUCUUGUGGCCCUAAUCCUCUUUUGAAGGUUCAGGCUUAGGCCAGCUCUUAAUUAUGUUGCUAUAGGUUUAAACUGAGCACCUUUCCAUUCUUCUCCAUCAUCAUGUCUCAUUAGAGUCCCUAAUACACAGUCUUUUCUGGGAGUCCCUCAGCUCCAGGUUCCUCUGGAUCACUGCUGCAGAAGUUUUGCUGUGAACCUGCAGCUUUAAUAACGUUAAAGUACAAAUGUAUUGGUACAGCAGAGCCAGAUGUUGAAAACUGUCACAUUUUGCUUUUUUUCUAAUGAGGCUGUGAUUAUAUAAAACAUAGACUGUAAUCUAAAACUGUUAACCAAUAUGCUUUUAAAUAUAUACCUCUUAUUUGUGAACAUUAGGGCACUUGUUCAAACAUACUGGCUGAUGCGAGUGUUUGAUUUUUUUGAGAGUUUCCCCCUCCCCUCUGCAAAAGAAACAGCUGUUCCUCAUUUUUUACUCUAAAUUGCUCUCUUAUGCUUCCUUUGGACUGUUGGAUUGCUUUUGUGUGCAGACAUUUAUAUGCAAAAUGGGGAGAAUGAACCAGCUUCUGUGUGUCCGUCGGCUAGAAUGGCGAGGAAAAUUGCACUGACCAUCAUAUUCAGCUCAGCCCUGCUCCCAGUGAAGCCCGACCGAGUCAUGUUAUCUUUAGUGAGACAGAGCUGGUGUGGGCUGUCACAUAUACUGAAUGAGAAACACUCUGCUUCUGGUUUUAUUCCAUGGCUUUGUGCUUUAUCCUUCCUAUAGCUUCUAAAAAUAGAACAUGUUACAGCAGAAUUGUGUCGGGAUAAUAAGACGUCUACUAUUAUUUAACAGGGCUAAAAAAAAAAGUCAGCAUAUACAUUGAAAAUCUUCAUGAAAUGGGGCUUCAAUGUGGAGGAAGAGGACAUUAGAGGACUCUUCAUACUCUUCUUCCCGUUCACAUUUCAGUCACGUCACUUUCUCUCCCCUUCCCUUUUUAUUUUUUAUCUUUACAUUUGUGUCUCUCAAUCAACAAAACUGAGCUUCUUUUUGUCUCACUACAGCCGUCAGCUUGCUUCAGCACGUGUCCAAGUAACAGAGAACAAAUGGAGCAGCUCCAGGGUCCCGGCUAAUACCCCGAGUGUAAAUUGAAGCCUUGGUUCAGUGGGCUCCCCUGACAGCACUUCUCACUGAUCAGGUGGGGGUUUGGGGGCUCUGGGGCGCCCUGUGGUGUAAUUGAUGUAAAAUGAGUGUUCCUCUGACGCAGGUUUUCUUCUUUCCUUCGUGCUCCAAAGUGACAUCCAGCUACCAAGCCAUUAUCUGGUGGUUUUUUUACCCGUGUCCCCGAGCAUGAUGGGGACAGACAAGCUUGAACUUGGCUCCAUCUUUGAUUGACAGGCUUUUGAGUUGAGUUGAUCUCAGAGCCUCAGCUGGCUGCUCCAAUGAACAACCCACUAAAGCUGGGUUAUUAGCUCAAGAGUUGAGAGGGGAGAUAUCGUGAAUAAACACUGUGGACAAGGUCGUGAAUAAUUCCUUUUUAUCUCUGGCUUACACCAAAAUAUGAAUAUCUAGUGAGCAGGGUGAGAGUAACAGUUUAAAUAGAUAUUUGCUGGCAGGGCAGAGGCUGGCAGGCUGCCUGAUGUGUUUUUUGGCCUGUGGUUGAAGGAGGCUAACAAUUUUUUGGUUUUGCAUCGAUAGAGGAGGCUCUGAAAUCUCUCUGCACUCUAAAAAUAGCCCAACUUUGAUUGUUUUUGACCCAACACCAGGGUUGAAAAAGGAUUGACUGCUUAUUGGGUUAUUUUGACCCUGAAUGUUAAUGUUAAGCCAGAUCCUGAGAGUCCAGAAAAAAAACAAAGUGCUGAGCCAAAACCAAAGAAGAGCGAGUGGCUCAGGAAAUUCCUCAGCAAUCCGUUCUCAAAGGUAAGGACGCAUUUAUUUGUGAAUUAUUUGGUGGUUCAUGAAGGAAAUACGCUGCAGUGGUCCAGACUUGGAGUUUUUGGACAUUUAGAGUUGAUAUUUCUGUACUAACUGUUUGUCAUUUUUUCACACAAAGAACGAGGAGAAGCUGAAGAAGGAGGAGAAAGAGAAGAAGCAGGAGAAAGAGAAAGCUUCACCUGACAGGAAUGUUAGCUCACCUCCAUUCUGGGUUCGGCUGGUUUGCGGCAGGCAAACCAGACGCGUAAACCCAGAACUUUAAAAUCGGGACCAGCAUACAAGGCUGGCCUGAAAAUGAUCUCUUUGAAAACAAACAAACAAAGCGAUAAAUAAAUGAAAGAAAAAGAGCUUCUCUCAUGUUCUCCUUUUUUAUCUCAUCAGUAAACCUUCAUGUGGGAAUUAUUCAGGAAUAAUUAUACACUUUUAAACUAACCAAACAGGUUUAAUGAAGUCCGAUUAAUCCACAAAUUACUUCAGAGAUUCACAUAAAUCGAAUGUUGAUUGUCAGUUUUUGGUGUAAAUGUGUGUCCAGUAACAUAAAAUUAAAUAUAGAUCCAAAUUGUCUCUGAAUACAAGUUGGAAAGAAAGUAAAACUAGGCUCAGAGAGUUAAUAAAAAUCAACAACUUCAGAUCAAUUUUGUUGUUUAAUGUUUCACUGAACUUACAGGUAAUGUUGACCCUCUUAUGAAAGUAAUACAUGGUAAAUAUUAGGGUUAAAGUUGCGUACAGAUUCAUUAUUCCACACAUUAAAAUCUAAUAUACACUUAUAUGUUUUAGGGAGGAUUUGUAAUGAACCAAUGAAAAGACGGAUCUGGGGUUAUGUUAUUGAUUGACAGAUGGUGAAUUGAAUCAACUUAAACCAAGUUGUAAGUCUAUUAGCUCUGCAAACUGAGCAUUUGCAUGUAGCUCAGAGCAUCAUGGAUGGAGCCAGAGUCUUUUUGAAUAACUGGUAUAAACUUCAAGCUGUCAAAUACUCUUAUUAAAGACUAAUUUAUUCAACAGGUGAACUUUUAAGGGUGGACAGAAUCAAAUCACUUUACUCCAAGCUUGUUUAAAUGUGUCAUAAUAGAGAUCUGGACGGCAUUAUCUGGGAGAUGAUGUCAGGACUGUAUUAAUAUUAUUAUAAAUAUCAUUUUUUAUAAAUUUGAGUCGUGGCACAAUAUAAACAAAUAGAGUUUUUUGCUCAAAUCUCCUACUUCAUUCUCUAAACAGGAAUACAUACCAGGCCCUUCUAGCUCCAUCUGCUGUGUGAACAGUCAUGGGGAUAGAUGAGUGCAGAUGGGGAGAGGAAGAUAGAAUGGGGGGGUUCGGAGGGGUUUAAGGUGAAAUGGUCCAUGUCAGUAGCAGUCUUUAACACGUGGGAUUACCGCCCCUUGGAGUGCAAUUCAAUCACCGAGCCUCAUGUGAGACACACUCACACAAUUCAGCCAGCGCCUCCAGAGAGCCCCUGAUGGAAAUGACAGAGGGACGCCGCUGCGAUCUCACUGUAAGAGGGAUGGAAACAAGGAAGGAAGAGAAACAUAUCAGAGAGGAGUUCAUGAUAAAGUCUUACAGAGAAUUUCACAUCAUUACACAAAUAUGGGAUGGUGCUAAUCAAAGCUUUUACACCACCAUGGUAAAAAUUGGCACGUCUUCAUCAUGCGCUCUCUCUUAAUCUUUUCAUGGCUGUUUUGGAACCAGUGAAGCCCCUCAACGUCAGACCUGAGUAACUACUAAAUCCUGAAAUGUGUUUCACACGGAGCAGGUUCCUCACACUUUUUAAAUAAAGUUUGAUGAUUAUUAUAACUCAAAAUGACUUCUGAAUAUUAGAAACAUUUAAAUAGUCUUUGCUUUAUUUGUCAAGGGACCAAUGGUUAUUAGAUUAAAAAGGUGGAAGAUUUUACUCCUGUAUUAUCCUCUUCAACUCAGUACUUAAAGUGAUUAACACCUGCUGGAAGUAAAGCUGAGCAAGUUUGGAAAACUUAUUAUUAAAGUGAGAGGUGAAAAAAGUUUUUUCUUCAUUGACUGAGUGUAAACUUCAGCUAUUUUACGAAUAAAAACACAAAACCUUUGAACUUUUAUGAGGAUGAUUGUGUGAGUAAGGUUAGUUAUUGAAGCGUUUUAUGAGUAAAACAUGAGGAAGAGGCUGAUUAUAAGGGCUUUGACUUUUUGGAGUGUUUAAACUGAAGUAGCAGUGAAUUAUAACCUUUUCUUAAUAUGAUUUUUUCUUCUAGGAGAAUAAACUCCGACUGCGUCUGAAUUCAACUGUGUCCAAGUGUUUCUGAAGUGUUUUCUUGACUCUUAUUUUUGAAGUGCAUUUGCCAAGUUUUAAGAUAUAAAUCAGGGUUAAAGAGCUGAAGCUUUCCACAUUGGUGACUUUUAUUCUGCCGCAUGCUAGCUUUGUUUUUCAAGUCUUUAUAUAACCAGAUUUUGAAGCCUGCGUGACCUGGUGUUGAUUGUUUUGGGGCUAUAAAAACAGCCCUGUGUCCCCUUCAGGUUAAAAUGAAAGCUUGAUUUUUAUCAUGUCUACAUCUUACAAUGAACAGAUAGACACUGUCUUCACAGAAAAGUACUAGUCUGACAUGUGAGCAAGUAAAGACAGUCCUGAAUGACGGAUUUUUCUCUUUUGAGUUCAAUGCCUUUUUGCAGCCAACUCAGGUUUGCAGAAUGAGACAUUCAGGGUUUUCUCAAUAGGGCUAAAAUUCAAGAGCACUCCAAACUCAUCCUUCAAAAGAUGAAAUAUUGAAUGCAGUAAAAGAAAUUCAGAGCAUUUUUCGCCUUAUUAAAUCAGCAGAGCAUGUUAAACCUGAUGAUCUUCAAAUCUGCAGAGGUCUGUGUUCUGCGUUUUUGGGGAUAAAAUCGACCAAUCGAGCUGAAAAUGUUGCCUUAUUAUUUUUGUGUUGAUGGAAGUAUUUCUAACUUUUCUCUUAGAUGUUUGAUAUCAGAUCAUAGCGCCUGUCUGAGUGACUCAGCCUUUUCAGAUGGGAGAACACACACAGAGUAAUAUCUUUAAUGCAUUAAUCAUGGUCUAUAGCAGACUAACAUCCGUCUCUACUCCUCCGGCUCUGUUCAGAUUCAGUCAGUGUCAAACUCUGCUGUUUUCACACUGAGGAAAAAUCACCCGUCUCAUUCCAGCACAGCUUUGCUUCGCUUAUAUCAUCUAUCACUGUAAAACUGUUAUUAGCUGUGGGAAAUUUACAAGUUAUAUCAAAACCAGAGCGCACAGAUGCUUUUUUAAACACAAUCCAGUUAGCAGUGUUGCUUGAGACAAACUGUGUGUGUCCUCCUCUGUGUGUGUCUGCAGGAGAUGGAGGAGAGCAUCCAGGAUUUGGAGCCUGAAUCUACUCAGACGGAAAGCACAGCUGAUCCUAAGCAGGGAGUGCACAGGGCAAAGCCUGGAGCUGCUCUUCCUGAUAAACAGAAAAGAGGUGCAGGCCUGCAGAGAGCUGCAUGCAGUGUAAGGAGAACAUCAGCUCUCCUGCAUGAUUUAUCCUCACACACUCAAAAAGUGCUGUUCUUUGGAUGUUGUACGGUUUCUCUUUUUGGUCUUGUGCUGAAUUCACUGCACACUUCCUUUUCUCUGAGUCAGACUCAGUUAAAUCUAGCAGAACAGCGGCCUGGUGUGUACAGUAGCAGCUUUUCAAUAACUCUGACAAUAUGAUUUAUGUCGCACAUUUUGCACAUACUACCAUCUGCAGUUUCUUCUUUCUGUCUUUGUCAGCUCCAGCAAAAAAGAAAACUAGUGGCUCAGUCCUUGAAAUCAGCGUGUUCAUGAUUAAGUCAACUGCACAACUCAUUGGGUAAAGUUAAAUUAAAUAUCAGGAUGGGACCCCACCUCCGAAGACAUGAAUUUGUCCUUUCUUUUUGUCUUGUAUUUAUUCACAAAUUGUAAAAAGCAAUAGGAGUUGGGGCUCAUAAGUAUAAAAAACAUAUUUGUAGAUUAUCACAGUACUAAGCC